AUGAAACAUCUAUGGCCGUUGGUGGUGUGGAUACUUCUAUACUUGUGUCCAGCCGAAUCACUCAGAGGACUCGGCCGCGGACCCAGGCGAGAAGUGUUCUUCCUGAACCUCGAGGAUGGCUACUUCGGCUGCCAGGUGAACGAGUCGACGGACGUUCUGCAGCUCCUAGAGCUGUCCAAACUGUGCGACCACAAUGUCGACUGUUACCAGGGCACGGACGAGCAACGUGACAGACUGAAGUGCACAGAUGACUGCACGAAAGAGGACGGGACCAGGUGCCUGAACGGCGUGUGCUUGGAUUCGGUUUGUCACUGCAACGACGGUUUCGGUGGUUGCAAUUGCCAGGUGCCAGACGAGAACGAGUGCAAGUACCGACCCUGUGAUAUAUUCGCGCAUUGCACGAAUACCCUCGGUAGCUUUCAAUGUUCCUGUUUCCCUGGCUACCAAGGCGACGGUUUCCAUUGCGAAGAUAUCAACGAGUGCGAUAACCCGAUCCUCGCCGCGAGAUGCGUGGAGAACGCCGAGUGCUGCAACCUGCCCUCGAACUUCCUAUGCAAAUGCAAAUCGGGAUACAUUGGCAACGGGGAGGUACACUGCGAGGACGUGAACGAGUGCGCUAUUCCUGGCGCUUGCGCGGAGAACACGGUCUGUCGGAAUACACCUGGAAACUAUACCUGCGCGUGCCAAGAUGGCUUCAAGGGAGACCCAUACGACAGUUGUAUCGACAUAAACGAAUGCGAUUACGCGGGUGCCUGCGGAAGGGGUGCUCUAUGCGUGAAUUUACCCGGUGGCCAUAAGUGUGAGUGCCCGGAGGGCUAUAACGGCAAUCCCGAGGAAGAAUGCGUGGACAUAGACGAGUGCCUGCGCAGCCCUUGCGGCCGUUCAGCUCACUGCACAAAUGUGCACGGCGGUUUCCGUUGCGCUUGCCCGGAAGGAAUGAGCGGCGAUCCUUGGAUAGGUUGUCACGAUGUAAACGAGUGCGAAGAUGGCGGCAGCUCACUGUGCGGCACCGACGCCGAUUGCGUGAACACGGAGGGUAGUUUCGAGUGCAGAUGCCGGCCCGGCUAUCAGAUGGACCCGGACCGCCAGGGUUGCGUCGACGUGAACGAGUGCGUUGGUCAGCAGACGGACGCAUGUGCGGCGAACGCAAGAUGCAUCAACGUCCCCGGAUCGUACAAGUGCAUCUGCCCGCAGGGUUUCAUCGGUCAAGGACUAACGUUAUGCGAAAACGUGAACGAAUGCGAGCGAAACCCUUGCGGCGAGAACGCCGAGUGCACCGACACGAUCGGCAGCUUCGUGUGCAGCUGCAAGCAGGACUACACCGGUGAUCCGUUUAAGGGAUGCAGCGAUAUCGAUGAAUGCACGGCGUUGGAGAAUCCUUGCGGAAAGUAUGCGAUCUGCAAGAACGCGGAUCCCGGUUACACCUGCGUCUGUCCAUCGGGGUACAGUGCCAACCCCAGUCCGACAGUCGCUUGUGAACAGACCGACGUGACCACUCUCUGCAAAUCGAACUUUGACUGCGUGAACAACGCCGAGUGCAUCGAGGGCCAAUGCUUCUGCAAGAACGGCUUCAAGGCCGUGGGUGCUGAAUGCGUGGAUCUCGACGAGUGUCUCUCGAAUCCCUGCGGGCCUUCGUCAAUUUGCUCGAACACAAGGGGAAGCUACCAAUGCGAGUGUGAGUCGGGUUUCGUUGGAACGCCGCCGCAUAUACCCUGCAAAGCGCCUUGCGACGAGGUGACCUGUGGGGACCACGCGUACUGCAAGGCCGACGGCCACGAGGCAUAUUGUAUCUGCGAAGACGGCUGGACCUUCAAUCCGAACGAUAUCGCGGCUGGAUGUGUUGAUAUAAACGAGUGCGACGCGGUGAACGGACCAUCGGGACGCUGUGGGAAGAAUGCGAUCUGUACCAACACUUUAGGAGGCUUUGGCUGUCAGUGCAAGCCGGGAUAUUCCGGGAACGCCUUCAAGCAGUGCAUGGACCUAGACGAGUGCACGAGACACGACGCACGGUGCACAUGCUUGAACGCGGAAGGUUCAUAUACGUGUGUCUGUCCCGAGGGGACUAUACCGGAUCCCGAUCCUUAUAUCAAGUGCGUGGGCAUAGUCACCUGCGACGUUGACGGUGACUGUCCCGGGAACGCCAUUUGCGAUCCACAAAAAAGGUGUCUCUGUCCCGAGCCGAACGUUGGAAACGAUUGUAGACAUCCAUGCGAGGAUCUGUCUUGCGGGCCGAAUGCUCACUGCAUGCUCUCGAACGAUGUCGCGACCUGUCUCUGUCGCAACGGCUACACAGGAAAGCCUGGCGUGAAGGGUGGCUGCCGGGACAUCGACGAGUGCGCGAUCAAUCCGUGCCCGCAGGGUGCGAUUUGUAACAACGAGCCUGGCUCUUUCUCGUGUCAGUGCCCGAGCGGUACCACCGGCGAUCCGUACAGCGGUGGCUGCCAGGAAUCGAAAGCUCCACACGUGUGCGGGCCGAGCACACCCUGUCCAGCCGGGGAACAAUGCAUCAAGGAUGAAUUCGUGGGCAGCAGCGUGUGCAUUUGCCAACGGGGAUACACACGGGAUCACGAGACCGGCAAAUGCAGGGACAUCAACGAGUGUAUGGAGCUCAGGGAGAAGCCCGCUUGCGGCGUCAACGCGAUUUGUAAGAAUCUACCGGGUAGCUACGAGUGCCAGUGUCCGCCUGGAUUCAAUGGGAAUCCGUUCUCCCUUUGCGAAGAAUGUAACAGUAUCGAGUGCCAGUGUCAACCACCGUACAAGAUCGUGAACGGGAAAUGCAUGUUGGCUGGAUGUUCCAAGGGCGAGAAAUGUCCAAGCGGUGCUGAAUGCAUCACAAUCGCCGGUGGAGUCAGCUAUUGUGCUUGUCCCAAGGGCUACACCACCAAAGCCGAUGGUUCUUGCGAAGACAUCAACGAGUGCAUCGUUGGCCAUCAAGUUUGCGGCUACGGAGCGGAAUGCAUUAAUCAGCCAGGCUCCCAUCAAUGUGCCUGUCCGCACGGAUACGGUGGUGACCCGUACAACGGUCUCUGUUCACCUGCCCAGAAGAGAUGCACCAGCGACAACGAGUGCAAAGCGAACGAGAAAUGCGUGCAACCAGGCGAAUGCGUCUGUCCGCCGCCGUUUUACACCGAUGCUCUCGAUGGAAACCUCUGCAAGAAUCCUUGCGAUCGGUUCCCGUGCGGUAUCAAUGCUAAAUGCACACCGAGCGACCCACCGAGGUGCAUGUGCGAGGCUGGCUACGAAGGCGAUCCUCAGCAUGGUUGCGUGGACGUGAACGAAUGCGCGAACAACCCCUGUGGACACGGUGCCUACUGUCUCAACACGAAGGGCGAUCAUAUCUGCGAGUGUCCAAAAGGAACGGUCGGCGAUCCGUACGGAGGUGGCUGCACGGGGGUUGCCGUCGUGAAAAACGAGUGUUCCUCGAGCGACGACUGCGACAAUAUUUUCGCCUGCGUGAACGGCGGAUGCGUGAAUCCCUGUGAGAACAUACCCUGUGGACCGAACGCGUACUGCGAGCCCGAUAAGCACGCCGCUUGGUGUCGAUGCGUGAUAGGGUUCGUCGAAGGCAAAAACAACGAAUGCGUUUCUCAAUGCGAUGGGUUCGUCUGUGGCUCUGGAGCGCAGUGCAUCGUGAGUUACAGCGGACCAACUUGCAAGUGCAUAGAGGGAUUCAUGGGUAAUCCGUUCCCCGGUGGGCAGUGUCUACCGGAUAUUUGUUCUCCGGAAGUUCCGUGCGCGGAGCCAAGCGUGUGCAUAAGCGGAAGAUGCAAACGUCGGUGCGAAGGCAUAGUUUGUGGUGUAGGAGCCUCUUGUGAUCCGGCGACCAACAAAUGCGUUUGUAAUCCUUACUUCAUCGGUAACCCGGAUCUGCUUUGCAUGCCACCUAUUCAACCUGCUGUCUGCGAUCCCGAUUGCGGUUCGAACGCCCACUGCGAGUAUGGUUUCCAAGAUUCGAAGUGCGUCUGCAAUCCAGGGACCACUGGGAACCCCUAUCAUGGUUGUGGAGUGCAAGACAAAUCCGACUGUUCCAUUGCAUUGUGCGGUAAAGAUGCGCACUGCAACGCUGGACCAAACGCCGUCGAUUGUCUCUGUCCUCCUGGAUAUGCGGGGAAUCCGUAUAUUCAAUGUUUCGACAUCAACGAGUGCAACGGGAACGCGUGUGGCGGUAACGCGGUCUGCAUCAACACGAUUGGCAGCUACGACUGUCGCUGCAAAGACGGUUUCUUCGGUAACCCGUUCGUCGGUUGUCAACAGGUCCAAGUCGGCCCGUGCAACGAUCCAGCGACGUGCACUUGCAGCGAGACGGUUCCGUGUCCUUUCGACUACACCUGCGUGCACGGCAAAUGCAUAAAUCGAUGCAGCGAUGUUAAAUGCGGUCCUCGAUCGGUCUGCCAGGAUGGAGCUUGUGUGUGUCCACCUGGUUACAGCGGGAACCCGAACGAUCUUAGCAAAGGUUGUCAUUUGCACGGUCAUUGCUCGAACGAUUUGGACUGCGAGCCCCAACAGAUCUGUUUCCAAGUUGGCAAAGGUGUACGGAAAUGCGUGGACGCUUGCAGCAAGCUGCAGUGCGGCCCGAACGCGUUGUGCGUGACGCAACAUCACGUGUCCUCUUGUCUGUGUAUCGACGGGUACCAAGGGAACCCUAGCAAUCUGAUAGAAGGUUGCCAGCCAUCGAAAACAGCGGUUACACCUGAUUGUACUCGGGAUUCCGAUUGUCAGGAAGGCUCGUUCUGCGUCGUCCUCGAUAACGGCGCUCGUGAUUGCGUGAAUCCGUGCAGCAGAGUGGUCUGCGGUGCACAUCAGAAAUGCGAACCGGAUAUAAUUCCUGGUCACGCGACUUGCAAGUGUCAGGAUGGUUACGAGUGGAAUCCAAUAUUGUCCUCUUGCGAGAAACCGUCGGUGCCCGAUUGUAUAUCGGACGAUGACUGCCACGCCACCGAGGCUUGUAGACCCGACCCCCUGGGUGUCUUGAAGUGUAUCUCCGUUUGUCGUAGUUUCACGUGCGCCGUAAAUUCUCAGUGCGUGGCCGAACGACACCGUGGUCGUUGCAAGUGUCUGCCUGGUUUCAUUGGCAAUCCGAACGAUCGUCAAGGAUGCCAGACACCCAAGAAGGAUCGUUGCUCGACAGACAGCGAGUGCCCGGAGGACCAGACCUGCAGAAGCACGGAUCAAGGUCUCCUCACCUGCCAACCGGUUUGUAACUUUGUUUCUUGUGGGCCGAAUGCUUUGUGCGUUGUUCAAAAUCACGUCGCCAAUUGCGAGUGCCCGCCUGGACUUUACGCCGGUGAUCCUAACGAUAUGGUAAAAGGAUGUCGUACCGUUCCUUGCGUCUACAAUAUCGACUGUCCUCCCACUCAACUUUGCAAUCGGUUGACUCACACCUGUUACGACGCCUGUGACGAGAAUGCUUGCGGUGUGAACGCUGUAUGCAUCGCGGAUGAUCAUCGCGCGAUCUGUCAGUGUCCUCCGGGUCUUCGUCCGAAUCCAGUUCCGGACGUGGAGUGCGUCGCUCUCGAGGCUUGUCAUCCGAAUCCUUGCCACGAUUCGGCGGUUUGCGUACCGGGAUCCACGAGCAAUCCUGUUUGUCAGUGUCCGCCUAAUUUCGUUGGGGAUCCAUACGUCAAAGGAUGCCAACCGGAAGGCUACUGCGCCAGCGUUAAGGAUUGUCCGGUUCAUUCCAUCUGCCAUAAUCAUCGUUGCGUGAAUCCUUGCGAGGAUGCAUGCGGAUCGAAUUCCAUUUGCGAGGUGAUCAAUGGACAACCGACUUGCAAGUGCAUUCACAACUUCGUCCCGUCCACGAAAGGCCCUCAGGAUGGAUGCAUCAGGGCUACGAGCUAUUGUGUCGUUGACGCUGAUUGCGACGGAAGCGUAUGUCUCGAGGGACAGUGUAUAGCUGUGUGCAGAGCGGCUACGGAUUGUUCGUCUGGAGAGAAGUGUGUGAACAGCAAGUGUGUGAUUCCUUGUGUAUCUCACAGUCAAUGUCAAUUGGAUCAGGCUUGUGUGAACGGGGGAUGCAUUCUGGGAUGUCGUAGUAAUAAGAAUUGUCCUACUACGCAAUCUUGCAUCAACAAUAAGUGCCAAGAUCCAUGUGGUAGCAAAGACGUGUGCGGGCCAAACGCAAUCUGUAGCUGUACCAAUCAUGCCACAACUUGUACUUGUCCAUUGGGAUUCCAUGGAAAUCCUACGCCGCAACAGGGCUGUGUUAGGGUACCGAGUAUCUGCGAGGCUGCCCAAGACUGUCCGAGUCAACAUGUCUGUGUUUCCGGAUUCUGUCAGUGUCAGUGCAGCGAACAGAACAACUGUGCACAGGGAGAACGUUGCAAGAAUGGCAUCUGUGUCAAGAUAUGCUACAGCGACAGCAAUUGCUUGCCGGGUGAAUUGUGCAUCGAUGGAGUCUGCGAAGUGGGUUGCACUUCUGAUGCUGGCUGCAAGGACAAUGAAGUCUGCAUUAAUAAUAAGUGCAGAUGUAGUCAUGGAUUCGUCGCAGGACCUGAACACUGCCUGGACCUCAAUGAAUGCGACGACAAUCCUUGUCACGAUAGCGCCGAAUGCGUCAAUCUUCAUGGAUCCUAUCGCUGCAUCUGUCCACAAGGCACAGCGGGUGAUCCUGUUGGGUCUGGUUGCGUGAUACCGCAUCAAUGCAACAUAAACGCGGACUGCGCCGAUUCGCAAGCCUGUAUUCAUCACAAUUGUACCGAUCCUUGUUCUUUGGGCAAUUGUGGAUCGAACACUGUCUGUACCGUUGUGGAUCAUACGGCUGCCUGCCAAUGUCAACCUGGCUAUAUCGGUGAUGCCUCUGGAUGCUUCAGAGUCGAAUGUCUUUCCAAUAACGAUUGUCCCACAGAUAAAUACUGCAAUCAGGACAUCAACAAGUGUAGCAGUCCUUGCAACCAAAUGAACUGUGGAUAUGGCAAUUGUCUAGCUGAAAACCAUGCUGGUGUUUGCAAAUGUUACCCUGGAUUUGUCCUCGCCGGUGACAUUUGUAUCGAUGUCAACGAGUGUUUAGAGAAUCCUUGUCACUCCACAGCAGUUUGUCAGAAUACAGAAGGUUCGUACGUUUGCGUUUGUCCUCACGGAUUGGUGGGAGAUCCUUUCAAGUCCGGCUGCAAACAACCCGGAGACUGUUUCACGGACUUCGAUUGUCCAAUGUCUGCAGCCUGUAUCGACAACAGGUGUACGAAUCCUUGCGAUGUAUCGCACAUUUGCGGUCGAAAUGCAGAGUGCUUCGUGGAGGAUCAUGCGCCUCAUUGCAGGUGUCCUGGUCAGACUACUGGAAAUCCGUCCUCUGAAUGUGUUCACUUGGAGUGUAACUACCAUAGCGACUGCGGUCCAUCCGACGCGUGUUUCAAUCACAAAUGCGUCGAUCCUUGUUCUUUAUCGAACGUCUGUGGCCAAGGAGCUGAUUGUUCUCCGUUGAAUCACAGCGCAGUGUGCACGUGUCAACCUGGCGGUACUGGUGAUCCAAAUCUUGGAUGUACACCUGUCCAGUACUGUAAAUCUGAUUCUCAAUGUGCAACCGGAUCAGCCUGCAACGGUGGAAUAUGCACAGCACUCUGUGGUAGCACGAGAGAUUGUAUCGGCGAUCAACUGUGUAUCAACGGCCUCUGUCAACCUACAUGCAAGAGCAACUCCAGCUGUCCCGAGUUCCAGUACUGUCACAAUAAUAUCUGUGUCCAGGAGCUGCGGUGUAUAUCCGACGACGAUUGUUCUUACGACGAACGGUGCAUCAAGAAUAACAUCGGACAAGCGGAAUGUCAAAAGUCUUGUGAUUUGGUACUCUGCGGACGGAACGCUGAAUGCCGUGCGGAUAACCAUAGAGCCGUGUGCUCUUGCGAGGGUGGAUUCUUUGGGAAUCCCAAGGACGAUAAAAUUGGUUGCCAGCCGAUCGAGUGCGAGAUCAAUGCCGACUGCAGCGAGGAGAAGAUCUGUGACACGCACAAAUGCAGGAUCGCCUGUCUGGCCCACAAUCCUUGUGGCGUUAAUGCUAUUUGUACCGCGGAGAGGCAUGUUCAGGUGUGCACUUGUCAGCCAGGAUACACCGGAGAACCAUCUCAAGGAUGCCAGCUAAUCGAUUACUGCCUGAACGAACCUUGCGCCCCAGGAUCUGUUUGCGAGAAUUCCAGAGGUUCGUACAAAUGUCAUUGUCAGCAAGGAAUGGUUGGAGAUCCCUACAAUGGCGGAUGUCAACCACCGGUCGAAUGUAUUCAAGACCACGACUGUCCGCUCAGUGCUAAGUGCAUAAGCGUCAACAACGUGCCAAAAUGUUUCGAUGUAUGCUCGCGAACCCAAUGCGGAACAAACGCGGACUGCGUCGCUGUCAAUCACGCGGCGAGAUGUGAGUGUCGGUCCGAUUAUGAAGGCGAUCCAAACAAUCUAAGUGUAGGCUGUCGACCAAAACCGGUCGUUUGUUCAUCAGCCGCGGUGUGCUCGCCGAACACCUACUGCUACGAGGGAAUCUGUAGACUCUCUCUAUUCAACCGUGAAAUUACACAAUUUGAAAUUCCUCCAGCGUCCUGCCAAUCGGACGAGGAAUGCAAUCUGUCGGACGUGUGUCUAAACGGACAAUGCUUGGAUCCCUGUAACAUCCGAGCCGCUUGCGGAAUAAAUGCCGAGUGCAACGUGAGAAGCCAUAUUAAACAGUGCAGUUGCCCACCUGGGUUCACUGGUAACUCGGAAGUGGAGUGUGUGAGGCUGCCAGUGUCCUGCAGAGACAGCAACGACUGCAACGAGGGCAACACCUGCCGCGACAACGUAUGCUUGCCGAUAUGCGUGACCGACAACGAGUGCGCGUUCAACGAGAAAUGCGUACGCGGAAAUUGCUUGCUCACCUGCAGACUGGACAACGACUGUUUCCUCGGUCACAUAUGCCUGCACAACAUGUGCACGUUCGGUUGUCGGGCGGACGAGGACUGCAACGCGAAUCAGGCCUGCAUCACAAACAAGUGCAUCGAUCCGUGCGAGGCGACUCCGUGCGGACCGAACGCGAAAUGUACCGUGUUCAAUCAACGCGCCACUUGCUCGUGUCCCGGGGGAUUCAUACCGAAUCCAACCGCGAAGGUUGCGUGUUUGAGAUCACCGGGAACCGUAUGCCAGGCGAACAGGGAUUGUGCGACUGGAACGACUUGCAUGGGAGGCACCUGCACACCUGUAUGCUCCACGGACUUGAAUUGCUUGAGUAACGAACGUUGCGAUCAAUCAGGUGUCUGCAAAUCGUUAUGCAGACGGGACGAAGAUUGCAGGAGCGGAGAAAUCUGCGAAGGACUGGUCUGCGCUGUCGGAUGCCGCGCGAACGUCGAAUGCCAGGAGAAUUACGCUUGUAUCAAUAACCAAUGUCAAGAUCCAUGCUCUGUUCCCGACGCUUGCGGAGUGAACGCCAAGUGCUCGGUGGUGAAUCAUAAAAAAUUAUGCGCCUGUCCAGCCCCAUUAGGCGGAGAUCCGCUAAUUGGAUGCAAACAGGCGUUCCUGCCAUGCUCGACGGAACUGGACUGUCCGACCGGUCAGAAUUGUUACGGCCGAUCCUGUUACGCCACGUGUAGGAGCGACGCUAAUUGUCUGAGCGACGAACGAUGCGACGCAGGGAUUUGCAAGGCUAUCUGCAACAGCGACGAUCAUUGCGUGGCUAAUCAGAUCUGUCAGAACCGAUUGUGCGAUAUCGGUUGCCGUAGCGAUAACACCUGUCCGAACGAUGAAUCUUGCGUGAACAAUAAAUGCAGAAAUCCUUGCGAGGGUGGCAAAGCUUGCGGAGAAUGUGCAGGCUGUCGCGUGGUCAACCACGUUGCACAAUGUAGCUGCCCAGCUAAUUAUUACGGCGACGCGUUGAGCACCUGCGUAAAGUCUAUGAUUCCCUGCGAUGGCUCCUGCGAAUGCGACGAAAUCGGUUUCUGUACGAAGAGCUGUUACAAUCAAGAUCAGUGUUCCUGCGGAGAGGUUUGCCACACCGGAAAUUGUCGCGUUAAGUGUGACAUCAACAAUACAUGUCCAAAGGGCUACAUUUGCGACGGAGGAUUAUGCCUGAUCGGUUGUCGUACCCACUCCGAUUGUCCAUCGGCCUUGUCUUGCAUAAAUACACAAUGCGAGGAUCCAUGCUCCGUCAAUGGCUCUCCGUGUGGUAUUAAUGCGCUGUGUCGCGUGUCGAACCACCGCGCGGUGUGUCUUUGUCCGGAGGGUUUCCAGGGUGAACCGAGUCAAGAAUGCUACCAGCUGGAGUGCCAUAGGGACGACGACUGCGAGGCGAACAAACGUUGCAGCGAGGAUGGCGUUUGCACGAAUCCGUGUCUGCAACACGGUGUCUGUGGCUUCAACGCGCAAUGCAGGGUAGUGAACAGGAAGGCUCAAUGUUCUUGUCCACCUGGUCAUUAUGGAAAUCCGAAGAUCAACUGCAAGAAAGGCGGUGAUCAGUGCCUGAGAAGACCUUGCGGCGUGAACGCAAAGUGCAGAGAGACCCUGAACGGUUUCGAGUGCACUUGCGAUCCGGGAUGUCAAGGGGACCCGCAUCAGGCGUGCAUCUGCGACGGAGGAGAGCUCUGCAGGGACACUCGUUGCGGGUUGAACGCCGCCUGCCGGAUCUACAAGAACCAACCGCAAUGUUACUGUCCACCGAACUUCCCGUUCGGCGAUCCUAUGCAUGGUUGUAGCAUAGACAAGAGUCUAGGUGAUUGUCGCACGAACGGCUGCGGAAAGGGCGCGGAAUGCAUAAGGGACGCGACGAUAUUCGUCUGUCGGUGUCCACCUGGAACGAGCGGUUCCCCGGAUAUCGAGUGCACGACAGAGUGCCCCAAUGAAAAAGCCUGCAUUAAUCUGCAAUGCGUGGACCCGUGCGGUCUGCGCGGCGCCUGCGGGAUCAACGCUCUGUGCCGCGUGGUGUUGCACAAGCCGCGUUGCUCCUGCCCGCAGUGUUACAUCGGUAUGCCCCGCACCGCCUGUCAUCCAGAUCCUAAAUGCGACACGCUCAAUCCCAGACCCACGCCGACAAUCGGUUGUUCGUCCGAUCACGACUGUCCGGAGAGUCUCGCCUGUCAUUCGCGUACAGGAGAGUGCCGGGACCCGUGCCUGAGCCCUCAGUACGCCUGCGAGGUGAACAAGAGAUGCCAGGUACGGAAUCACCGGCCGACAUGCGUCUGUAAGUACGGGUUCGUGGUGAAUGAGAUCGGCGAACUGACAUGCGCCCCGGACACGUUGACGUGUACACGUGAUUUCGAUUGUCCGUCGAACGCCGCGUGCGUGAACGGGAAAUGCCAGAAUCCCUGUAACGUACGUAAGAAACGUCCGUGCCCGGCCGAUAAGACCUGCGAUGUCCUGGACCACCGUCCCGUCUGCAUAUGCACACAAAACUGCAAUCCUUCCCUGUCCAUUUGCCUGCGAGACAGUGGCUGCUCUCCCGAUCUGGCGUGCCGCAACUAUCGCUGCGUGGACCCAUGCAGAAACUCCACCUGUCCGGCUGAUGCCCCCUGUUACGUGGAGGAGCACAAGCCUAUCUGCAAGUUCUGUCCCCCCGGCUUUGUGCCAGAUACUAAAUACGGAUGCAUGGAAGAUGCGAAAUGUCGAACCCACGACGACUGUCUCUCCCAGUUGGCCUGCAUAAAUCAAAAGUGCCUGAAUCCGUGCACCGUGGAGAACCCGUGCGACUUCGUGGAGGUUUGCCACGUUCAGGAUCACCGACCAGUCUGCGCGAAAGAGAUAUUGAACGACACCAGUUGUCCAUACUGUCCGCCCGGUAUGCAGUGCGAUCCAGGGACGAACACAUGCGUGAAAGCGGGUUGCACUAACGACAAAGAUUGCCCGUUGACCACGGCUUGCAUCGCGGGCACAUGCCAGGAACCGUGUCCCAUCCGGAAUCCGUGUGUGAGAAACGCGGUUUGCGUGAACACGAACCAUCGUGCGGAGUGUAGGUGCGACGACGGCUACCGUGGGAAUGGAUUCCUCUACUGUGCUCUGGACGACGAGGGCAAGAAUAUCUGUCACUACAACGAGGACUGUCCGCCGAGCAAGUACUGCGAUCGCCUGAACAGACAAUGUAUCGACCCUUGUCUGGAGACCGAUUGCGGAGCAAAUGCAAACUGUUUGCCGGCGAAUCAUCAGGCACAGUGCAAAUGUUUGCCGAGAUACGAGGGCAAUCCUUUGAUCGGUUGCACGGCAUUAACCUCGGAUCCUUGCGUUCCGAAUCCUUGCGGUUUGGACGCAAUGUGCGAGAACGAUAACGGGAAUCCGAUCUGCUUCUGUCCGAAAGGUUUGACCGGCAAUCCGUUCGAACAGUGCAUUCCAGACGGUGAUAUGUGCAGAGGUAGUCCAUGUGGGCCGAAUUCCGGUUGCCGUGUGGUGGCUGGCCAGUUGAGAUGCUUCUGUCUGCCGGGAUACGAGGGAAAUCCUCCUCGAUCCGCGUGUAGGCUACCGAGCAGCCCUUGCGACCCGUCACCUUGCGGGCCCAAUACCCAGUGCACCAUUCUUGCUAACGGCCAAUCAAAAUGCACCUGUUUGCCCGGAUAUAUCGAGAGCACCAAUACAAUCAGGGGUUGCCUGCCGAAGACGAACCAGUGUGCACCGAAUCCUUGCGGGCUUAGCGCGAUAUGCGACACGAACAGAAAUCCGCCUUGUUACUGUCCCGAGCAUACCGUUGGGAAUCCUUAUCAGAGUUGCGCGGCUCCGCCACCGCACCUCCCCGAUCCAUGUUUACUCACACCUUGCGGCAAGAACGGGAUCUGUAUCAACGACAAUGGUGUCGCGAGAUGCGAAUGCGUCCCGCCGUACAUUGGGAACGCGUACAUGAACGGCUGCGAGGCCGAGUGUUUCGUGAACGACGACUGCGAAACUCAUCUGGCCUGCUUCAAUCAGCACUGCAGAGAUCCCUGUCCGGGUGUGUGCGGUUCGAACGCUAGGUGUGAGGUGGACGAUCACGUUCCGGUUUGUUCUUGUCUGCCUGGAUACACGGGAGAUCCGUUCGGCUCCUGUAAGAUCGAAAAGUCUCCACCUUCGUCCCAGAACCCUUGCAUGCCGUCGCCGUGCGGUCCGCACAGCAUCUGUCGCGUGAUGAACGAUCGCGCGGUCUGCUCGUGCAGCCCGGGAUACCACGGCACGCCGCCAUCUUGUCGGCCAGAGUGCCUAGUCAGCUCCGACUGUCCUGUGCACAUGGCUUGCAUCUCGCAGAAAUGCGUCGAUCCUUGUCCUGGUUUGUGCGGUCAGCACGCUCUUUGUCAAGUGGUCGGUCACAAUCCGAUUUGUAGCUGUCCAUCGGAGUACACCGGAGAUCCGUUCACGCAAUGCGUCAAAGAAGUGACACUACCGGUACCACGACCCAAGAAUCCUUGUACACCGUCACCGUGCGGACCGAACGCGGAUUGUCGUGUCCAAGAGGAUCAUCCUGUCUGCACAUGUAUCAGCGGUAUGUUCGGAGCGCCGCCGAACUGCCGACCGGAGUGCUUGAUCCAUCAGGAUUGCCCGAAUUAUCUUGCUUGCGUCCAGAAGAAAUGCGUGGAUCCUUGCGCUGGAUCCUGUGGAUUCAACACGAAUUGCACUGUUCAGAAUCACCGACCUAUGUGCCAGUGUUACGCUGGUUACGAAGGGGAUCCCUUCUCUGGAUGUAGCAAAGCUUCAUUCCCGGAAUCGCUGCCCUGCGAUCCAUCGCCCUGCGGUGCGAAUGCGGUCUGCAAAGAGAGAAACGGUGUCGGUUCCUGUGCCUGUUUGUCCGACUACACGGGUGAUCCGUACGCGGGCUGCAGGCCGGAAUGCGUACAGAACUCUGACUGCGUACAGUCGAAAGCCUGCAUAAACAACAAGUGCAAGGACCCGUGCCUGGGUGCCUGUGGAUUGAACGCUCAGUGCCAGGUGAUCAAUCAUCAGCCUUCCUGUAGCUGUCUGUCCGAUUACACCGGCGAUCCACUGAAAUCCUGUCACUUGUCGCCUGUAACACCGAUACCAGUCGGUGAUCCAUGCCAACCAACUCCUUGUGGUCCGUACAGUAAUUGUCGCGUGGUCGACAACCACGCGGUCUGUUCUUGUCAGCCGAAUUACAUCGGCAGCCCGCCGCAGUGUCGUCCGGAGUGCGUGGUUAGCACAGAUUGUACGCAGAAUACAGCGUGUAUCAACGAGAAAUGCGGUGACCCAUGUGUGGGCACCUGUGGACAGAACGCUGACUGCCAGGUGAUCAACCACAAUCCAGUUUGCAGUUGUUCGUUCGGAUACACCGGUGAUCCAUUCUUCGGAUGCGUUAAAGAACCGGAAGGCAAAGUACCAGGACCGGAACCAAGCGGUACUCCCUGCUUACCAUCACCAUGCGGGCCUAACUCUCAAUGUCGUGUGAUAGACGGUUUCCCUGCGUGUUCGUGCCUCGCCAACUAUGUAGGCAGAGCUCCUAAUUGUCGUCCGGAGUGCGUUAUUAACGACGGUUGUCCCGGCAAUCUCGCCUGUCAGAACGAACAAUGCGUCGAUCCUUGUCCAGGUUCAUGCGGCGUGAACACGUUCUGUAACGUCGUGAAGCACAAUCCUGUUUGCAUUUGCAAUGCUGGGUACACUGGAAAUCCGUUCACCGAAUGUACACCUAUUAUAGAAGAACCCAUCACAACCGAGCAACCUCGCACCCCCUGUUAUCCAUCUCCUUGCGGGGCGAACGCUAUCUGCAACGAGAGAAACGGCGUGGGAUCCUGUACGUGUUUAUCGGAAUAUAUCGGUGAUCCGUACACAGGCUGCAGACCUGAAUGCGUGACGAACACCGAUUGCGAUCGCGACAGGGCUUGCUUGAACAAUAAGUGUGUAAAUCCUUGCCCCGGCACAUGCGGCGAAGGAGCCACCUGUAGAGUGGUGAAUCAUGCUCCGUCGUGCUCCUGUUUGCCGGGUUUCACCGGGGAUCCGUUGAACGUCUGCGUCAGAUCCGAAAUGACACCUGAACCGAUGCCGGAAAAUCCUUGCGAUCCCUCGCCUUGCGGACCCAAUAGCAACUGUCGCGUUCACAACGGACACGCGGUGUGUCUCUGUCAACCAGGAUUCGUUGGGAUACCGCCCACCUGUCGCCCCGAAUGUAUCGUCAGUUCGGAGUGUUCUCAGAAUAAAGCAUGUAUCGAGAACAAGUGCGCCGAUCCGUGUCCAGGAUCGUGUGGAGUGAACACCAAAUGCUUGACCGUAAACCACAAUCCGAUCUGCACUUGUGCCGCCGGUUAUACUGGCAAUCCGUUGGUUCAGUGCACGAAAGUGAACCUGCCUCAAGUACCGUCGAAAGGCGCCGACAAUCCAUGCUCUCCGAAUCCCUGUGGACCGAACUCGCAAUGCAAAGUGAUCGGUUCGCAACCAGCCUGUUCCUGUCUGCUGAACUACAUUGGACGACCACCGAAUUGCAGACCCGAGUGCACAGACGACUCCGACUGUUUCCACUCGGCGGCUUGCAUAAAACAAAGGUGCAAGAAUCCAUGUCCUGGUGCCUGCGGUGAACUGGCCAGAUGCACAGUUCAGAAUCACCUUCCGAUCUGCACCUGUCCGGAAGGGUACGAAGGUGACGCCAGUGUUCGAUGUGUCCUGGCGCCUACUCCAACAACGGACACAAGCGUGGCCAAUCCAUGUUCACCGAAUCCCUGCGGUCCUAACGCUCAGUGCCGCGAGAGAAACGGAGCAGGGGCCUGUGCAUGCCCGCCGGAUCUUAUUGGCGAUCCCUACGACACCGAGAAAGGCUGUCACCGUGAAUGCGAGUCGAACAACGAUUGCGCUCCACAAUUGGCGUGUAUCGGGUUCAAGUGUACAGAUCCUUGUCCAAGUACUUGCGGUACUUUGUCCAUUUGCAAUGUCCAACAACACGUUCCCGUGUGCACCUGCCCGCCCGGAUAUACAGGCGAUCCGUACUUCGCCUGUGAAGUCAAAGAAAUGACGAAAGGACCUCCGUUAGAUCCGUGCUCACCGUCGCCAUGCGGGCCCAAUAGCAAGUGUCGAGGGGUAAACGGUCAAGCCGUGUGCACAUGUCUCCCGGAAUACAGAGGAAUUCCACCGAACUGUCGACCGGAAUGUGUCGUGAACGCCGAGUGUCCACCGCAUCUGGCAUGUUUGAACAAGAAAUGCACGGACCCUUGCCCUAACACUUGUGGAUUGAGAGCACAGUGUACCACCAAAAACCAUAAUCCGAUUUGCACGUGUCCCGGUGGAUUCACCGGUGAUCCGUUCACUCAGUGUUCGCUAAUCGCUUUCGACGUUCCAUCGACCACGGAACGGCCGCCAUCUUGCACGCCAUCGCCCUGCGGUCCGAAUUCCUUGUGCCAGAUCAUAUCCGGGAAUCCAGCGUGUUCAUGUUUAUCGAAUUACAUCGGAGUUCCUCCAGAGUGCCGACCAGAAUGUAUUCUGAGCUCGGAGUGCAAGAGUCAUCUUGCCUGUGUCAACCAAAAGUGCCAAGAUCCUUGCGUCAGUUCUUGCGGAGUGAACGCCCAGUGUCACGUCCUGAAUCACAUACCUGUUUGCACGUGCAUGGAAGGUUUCACCGGUGAUCCUUUCACGCAGUGCAUAGUCGUUCCUCCGAUUCCGAUGCCAUCGAGAAAUCCGUGUUCACCGUCACCCUGCGGACCGAACAGUCAGUGUCGUAACAUAGAGAAUCACGCGGUGUGCUCCUGUCUGCAAGGUUACCUCGGUUCUCCGCCGUCUUGUAGACCAGAGUGCGUGGUUAGCUCAGAGUGCCCGCCAACUCGAGCCUGCGUGAACAAGAAAUGCACGGAUCCUUGCUUGGGCUCCUGUGGUUUGAACGCGAGAUGCGAAGUGAUAAACCAUUCGCCGAUCUGCAGCUGCCUUCCUGGACAGACCGGAGAUCCUUUCAAGAGUUGUUACGACAUUCAAACCGAACCAGAUGCCAAAGAUACGGGUGAUCCUUGCAGUCCAUCGCCCUGCGGACCAAACGCCCGGUGUCAGAACAUCAACGAUCAUCCAUCCUGCUCUUGUCUAUCUACGUACAUAGGGACUCCACCGUUCUGUCGUCCAGAGUGUUUGAUAAAUCCCGACUGUUCAAACAACAAAGCCUGUAUCAAUUCAAAGUGCACGGAUCCAUGCUCAGGAUCCUGUCCUGAAAACGCCAAGUGCAUCGUCGUUAAUCACGCUGUCGUCUGUUUGUGUACACCCGGUUACACGGGAAAUCCGUUUGUUCAGUGCGUCCAAUUGGAAGAGGAAGCUAUCAAUCCGUGUGAACCCUCACCGUGUGGCCCGAACGCCGUCUGCCAGCAACGCGACAAUAUCGGUGCCUGCAUAUGCAUCGAUGACUAUCACGGCAACCCUUACGAGGGCUGUCAGCCCGAGUGUAUCCUCAGUUCCGACUGUCCGACCAACAAAGCCUGCGUUCGCAACAAAUGCGAGGAUCCCUGUCCAGGGAUAUGCGGUGUCAAGGCUCAAUGUUCGGUCAUCAAUCAUAUACCGACUUGUACUUGUCAGCCUGGCUUCGUGGGAGAUCCUUUCGCGAUCUGCAACAUACCGAUUCCCACGGACACAGAACCAACCGUAACAGAUCCGUGCAGCCCAUCGCCGUGUGGACCGAACAGUCUGUGUCGAGCCGUGCACGAACAAGCUGUGUGCACGUGUCAGGAAACGUUCGUUGGUACACCACCUAACUGCAGACCCGAGUGUGUCGUGAACUCGGAAUGUCCGCCGAACAGAGCUUGCUACAAGCACAAGUGCAGCGAUCCUUGUCCAGGAACCUGCGGAGUGGGGGCCAAUUGUCGUGUAAUCAAUCAUAAUCCGUUGUGCAGCUGUCCUCAGGGAAUGACCGGAGAUCCGUUCUCCAGAUGCUUCCCACAGACAGUCACUCCAGUUCCACCGGUCGGCGAUCCAUGCACGCCAAGUCCUUGCGGACUGUACGCGGAAUGCAGAGCGAUCGGCGAUCAAGCCGCUUGCUCCUGUCUGAAGAAUUACAUUGGUCUUCCACCGAACUGUCGGCCAGAGUGCGUUGUGAACACAGACUGUCCAUCGGAUCAAGCCUGCAUCUCCGAGAAAUGUCGCGAUCCUUGCGUUGGAUCGUGCGGCCAGAACGCAGAUUGCCGGGUACAGAAUCACAUUCCUGUCUGUCUGUGCCAAACAGGUUACACCGGCGAUCCUUUCACACUCUGUACACAAGUAAUAGAACAACCGAAAGUACCAGAGGAUCUGUGCAAUCCGUCACCUUGCGGACCAAACGCAGAAUGCGACGAGGGUAAUUGUCAGUGUCUUCCGAAUUACUUUGGCGAUCCGUAUUCGUAUUGUCGUCCAGAGUGUACCAUGAAUUCGGACUGUUCUCGAGACAAGUCGUGCGCGAAUCAUUACUGCGUGGAUCCUUGUUUCGGCACAUGCGGCACAAGCGCACGUUGCGACGUGGUCAAUCAUAUUCCAAUGUGCAGUUGUCCACCCGGCACUACCGGGGAUCCGUUCACUCUUUGUCGAACACACGUAGCUGACGAACCAAGAAAACAACCGUGCAACCCGUCUCCGUGCGGAGCGAACAGCAUCUGUAAAGUAAUAAACGAUCACGCGGUCUGUUCCUGUCAACCAGGGCUGAUAGGCAGUCCUCCUGCCUGCAGGCCAGAGUGCGUGGUCAGCGCGGAUUGUCCAUUGACGCAAGCCUGUCUGAGUAACAAGUGUCAGGACCCGUGUCCAGGCACCUGUGGCCAGAACUCGAAUUGUCGUGUAGUCAAUCAUAAUCCGAUUUGUAUCUGCUACGAGGGACACACAGGCGAUCCGUUCACCAGAUGCUACCCGAUGCCCAGAGAACCACCGAAACACAUGAACCCCUGCCAACCGUCGCCGUGCGGACCGAACGCGGAGUGUCAAGUGAGAGGCGACAGUCCAGUCUGUUCCUGUGUACAGAAUUACAUCGGUGCGCCGCCGAAUUGUCGACCCGAGUGCACGAUCAAUCCGGAGUGUCCGCCGCAUUUGGCGUGUAUGCAACAAAAGUGUCGCGAUCCGUGUGUCGGUUUGUGCGGUUCGAAUUCGCAGUGCUCGGUGGUGAAUCACCACGCGGUGUGCGCGUGCGCGGAGGGUUACACCGGAAAUCCGUUCAGCGUGUGCGAGCCGGUCACCAAGGAUGAUCCCCUAGACAUUAGGAAACCAUGCGAGCCUUCCCCGUGCGGCACGAACGCGAUCUGCCGCGAGAACAACGGUGUCGUCUCCUGUUCCUGUCCACCGGAUUACAUAGGUGACCCGUACGAUGGAUGCAGGCCCGAAUGCACCCAAAAUUCCGAUUGCUCCAAGACGAUGGCCUGCACGAGCCUGAAGUGCAGGGACCCAUGUUUGGGGACCUGUGGACUGCAAACCCGAUGCGAAACGAUCAAUCACGUUCCAGUCUGUUCUUGUAGUCCCGGAUACACCGGCAACCCGUUCACGUACUGUUCCCCGGUCAUGUCCGAUCCCACCCCCGUAGAACCAUGUAGCCCGUCUCCCUGCGGACCGAGCAGUAAAUGUCGAAACGUGGACGAUCACGCUGUCUGUACCUGUCUCACGAAUUUCAUCGGGAAUCCACCGAAUUGUCAUCCCGAGUGUGUGGUGAACAACGACUGUACCCUGGAGCUAGCGUGCGUCAAUCAAAGAUGCGCCACCCCGUGCACGAAUUCGUGCGGUAUCAACACCCGAUGCAAGGUGAUCAACCACAGUCCAAUUUGCAUCUGCGAGCUUGGAUACACCGGCGACCCGUUCACCAAAUGCUUCCCUGCGCCACAACCACCGUCGAACGACUACUCCCUAGCCUCGAUAGAUCCCUGCUUACCAUCCCCUUGUGGUGUAUACGGGGAAUGCAGGAAUAUCGGCGGCACAGUGUCCUGUUCCUGUCCGCCCCGGUAUAUUGGAUCCCCGCCGAAUUGUCGACCGGAGUGUCGCGUGAACUCGGACUGUCCCAUGAAUCUCGCGUGCACAGGCGAGAAGUGCCGUGAUCCUUGUCGUGGAUCGUGCGGCGCCACGUCACGUUGCACCGUUCACAAUCACGUGCCCGUGUGCACCUGUCCCGAUGGAUACACGGGUGAUCCGUUCAGCGACUGUCGCCUGGCUCCCACCGAACUACCUGUGCCGGUCACCAUCGAUCCCUGCGCAUUGUCACCGUGUGGCCCGAACGCACGAUGUAUCGUCGGCGCUUGUACCUGCCUGCCGGAAUAUCAGGGCGAUCCGUAUGUCGGCUGCCGUCCCGAAUGUGUGUUGAACACCGAUUGCCCGCAGAAUCGUGCCUGCGUGAGGAACAAGUGCAUCGAUCCCUGUACAGGCAUCUGUGGCAGGAACGCCCAGUGUAUCGUGUUCAAUCACAUUCCCAUGUGUAGCUGUCCAAACGGAAUGGAGGGAAAUGCUUUCGUUCAGUGUUCCGUGGCUCGAGAUCCCGUUCAGAGGAAUCCCUGCUCGCCCUCGCCGUGUGGUCCAAACAGUGUCUGUCGCGUGGCGAACGAUCAACCAGUUUGCACCUGCGUGACAGGAUUCCUCGGUGCACCGCCUUCUUGCAGGCCAGAGUGCACCGUCAGCUCGGAUUGUCCUUUGACCGAGGCGUGUAGCAAUCAACGAUGUAUUAACCCGUGUCCUGGUACCUGUGGUUUCCGAGCUGUCUGCCACGUGGUCAAUCACAAUCCCGUGUGCAGUUGCUCGGAGGGAUUGACCGGUGACCCGUUUGUUCAGUGCAUAUCGCGACCCAAUGAUAUUCCAACCGUGAACCCAUGUGAACCCUCCCCGUGCGGUCCGAAUUCGCAAUGUCGAGUGGUGAACGAUUCACCCUCGUGUUCUUGCUUGCCGGGAUUCACAGGCGCACCGACGAAUUGCAGGCCAGAAUGCGUCAGCAACAGCGAAUGUCCUGGUCAUCUGGCCUGUAUAAGUCAGAAAUGCAGUGAUCCAUGUCCCGGUUCCUGUGGCGGUAACGCGGAUUGUCGUGUGGUCAGCCAUACGCCGAUGUGCGUCUGCCCCGAGGACUUCACUGGUGAUCCGUUCACACAGUGCGACCCGAAACCACCUUUAGUCGUGCCGGUCUAUCUUUCCCCUUGCAAACCGUCCCCAUGCGGUUUCAACGCCAUAUGCAAGGAACAAAAUGGCGUCGGUUCGUGUUCCUGCCUUCCCGAUCACAUUGGAAAUCCUUACGAGGGAUGUCGACCGGAGUGUGUGAUCGACACGGAUUGCCUCCCUACCUUGAGCUGUAUUCGUUCGAAGUGUCAGAACCCCUGUCCAGGAACUUGCGGCGCGAACGCCGAUUGCCAGGUCAUCGAUCAUCGACCUGGAUGCACGUGUACCUUGGGCUACAGUGGAAAUCCUUUUCAAUAUUGUACUUUGAUCCGUGAUACAGAAGUUCAAACACAGUACAAGGACCCGUGUACUCCCUCGCUAUGCGGACCGAACAGCCAGUGCCGCGUGGUCAACGGCCAGGGAGUUUGUUCCUGUCUCCCGGAGUACAGAGGCGCACCGCCUAUGUGCCGUCCGGAAUGCGUGUUGAACACCGAAUGCCCCACGAAUCGAGCAUGCGUGAACCAGAAAUGCGUGGAUCCCUGUCCAAACUCGUGCGGCACGUUUGCCACUUGCACGGUCCGGAAUCACAGUCCGAUCUGCGCGUGCAGAGGCCAGUACACCGGAGAUCCAUUCACCAGAUGCUUCCCGGUUCCACGUAAGAGACUUUCGGAUCAACUUCAAGUCAAAGUGACAGCUAUUUUUGUUAAUUAUCCAAUUGUCCUUCCAGCGCCUCAUCUCUCCACCGAAGUCGAAAUUUCACAGCCCUGUUUCCCCUCUCCGUGUGGCCCCUAUUCGGAAUGUCGCGUGGUCAACAACGGACCAUCCUGUCAGUGUCUGCCCAACAAUAUCGGAAGUCCUCCGAACUGUCGACCAGAAUGCACCGUCAAUUCCGAUUGUCCAAGCGACAGAGCGUGCAUGAAGCAACGAUGCUUGGAUCCCUGCUCGGGAUCCUGCGGUAUAGGCACCCGGUGUACCGUUUUUGAUCACGUGCCGAUGUGCACUUGCAUCGAGGGGUACACCGGUGAUCCGUUCAGCAAUUGUUAUCCAUCGCCACCGCAACAAACGCCACCGCCCGAAACCGAUCCUUGCAACCCGUCACCGUGCGGACCGAACGCCCAGUGUAACGCUGGCGGUGUUUGCACCUGUUUGUCGGGAUACCAGGGUGACCCUUACACCAGUUGUCGUCCCGAGUGUGUACUGAACACCGACUGUCCUCAGAAUCGUGCCUGCGUGAGGAACAAGUGCGUGGAUCCGUGUCCGGGUACCUGCGGCCGUAAUGCCGUUUGUAAUGUCCUGAAUCAUGUGCCGAUGUGCAGUUGUCUGACAGGAAUGUCCGGCAAUGCGUUCAUAUCUUGCGAUGUCGUUAAAGAGUCGCCUCAGGUGAAUCCCUGCAGUCCGUCCCCCUGCGGUCCAAACACGCAGUGUCGAGCGAGAAACGGUCAAGCGGUGUGCUCCUGCGUCCCAGGAUAUCUCGGUAGUCCACCCGUCUGUAGACCGGAAUGCGUGGUCAGUUCCGAUUGCCCGAGGAAUCAGGCGUGCAACAAUCAGAAGUGUAUCGAUCCUUGCAACGGCACCUGCGGAUGGAAGGCGCUGUGCCAGGUUGUGAAUCACAACCCGGUGUGCAGUUGUCCUUCCGGUUUCACCGGCGAUCCGUUCACUAGAUGCGAAUUCAUGCGUAAGAAUCGUGAUAUACAGGACACAUGUGCGUCCUGCCAGUGCGGUCCAAACUCGGUGUUCCAAACGAUCAACGACAAACCAUCCUGCGCCUGUCUGCCCAACUUUAUCGGUUAUCCGCCGAACUGUCGACCGGAAUGCGUGAGCAAUACCGAAUGCUCGAGCCAUUUGGCCUGCAUCGAUCGAAAAUGUCGGGAUCCUUGUCCGGGCUCGUGUGGUUCCAACGCUGAAUGCCGUGUGGUCAGUCAUACACCGAUGUGCGGCUGUCUUAACGGCUAUACAGGCGAUCCCUUCGUGCAGUGCACGUUGAAACGACCCGAGAUCGAAACCACGGUGUCCUCCCCCUGUGUACCGUCACCUUGCGGUCCAAACGCUAUAUGCAAAGAGCUUAACGGAGCAGGAUCAUGUUCCUGCGUCCUGGAUUACAUAGGAAACCCGUACGAAGGAUGUCGACCCGAGUGCACGGUGAAUUCCGACUGCCCCUCGAAUUUCGCCUGCAUAAGGUCCAAAUGCCAGAACCCGUGUCCCGGCACCUGCGGCCAGAACACUGAUUGCACGGUAAUCAAUCACCUGCCCAGUUGCGUUUGCUGGCCCGGAUACACCGGUGACCCGUUCGCUUAUUGCAACCUUCAGCUACAGACCACCCCCGAACCAGAAAACCCAUGUAACCCCUCGCCAUGCGGACCGAAUAGCCAGUGCCACGUGACAAACGAUCAGGCUGUGUGCGCCUGUUAUCGCGGUUACGUGGGCAGUCCGCCUGGAUGCCGACCGGAAUGUGUGGUCAGCUCGGAAUGCCCUCUGAAUCGUGCUUGCAUCGGUCAGAAGUGCGAGGAUCCGUGCAACGGCCGUUGCGGCGUGAACACAGAUUGCAGAGUGGUGAAUCACAGUCCGAUAUGUAGUUGCAUGUUGGACUUCACCGGCGACCCGUUCAUCGGAUGCUUCCCGACGCCAAAACAAUCUCCGACCGUGUUUGAGAACCCUUGUGUACCGUCUCGAUGUGGCCCGUAUUCGGAAUGUCGCGAUAUCGGAGGCACUCCGUCCUGUUCCUGUUCGAUGAAUUACGUAGGCAGCCCGCCGAACUGUAGACCAGAAUGCACGAUAAAUCCCGAUUGUCCGAGCAAUAGAGCUUGCAUGAGAGAGAAAUGCGCCGACCCAUGUCCUGGAUCGUGCGGUAUCGGUGCAACUUGCAAUGUGAUCCAACACGUGCCCACCUGUGUUUGCCCUGAAGGUUUUACCGGAGACCCAUUCACUAGUUGUCAGCCGUUACCACCGCCACCGAUGGAUGUCCCACAAGACCCCUGCAAUCCUUCGCCCUGCGGUAUAAACGCGAAAUGCGAGAACGGUGUCUGCAGUUGUCCACCGAAUUAUAUCGGAGAUCCCUUCGCUCGUUGUCAACCCGAGUGCGUGAUCAAUGACGAUUGCCCGAUUAAUCGAGCCUGCUCUCGAAAGAGAUGCGUUGAUCCUUGUACAGGAACUUGCGGACAGAACGCGAUCUGCAACGUUUACAACCACAUUCCCAUGUGUAGUUGCCCCCCUGGAAUGUCUGGAAACGCGUUUGUAAUCUGCUCCGUAUUACGAGAACCGAUGCCCCAGGACCCUUGCAGACCGUCUCCUUGCGGUGCGAACAGUCAGUGUCGCGUCGUGAACGAACAGGCUGUCUGUUCUUGCCUUCAAGGCUACCUUGGAACGCCGCCAUCUUGCAGACCCGAGUGCACUGUCAGUUCCGAUUGUCCGCGUAACUUGGCCUGUAGCAAUCAAAAAUGUAUAGAUCCUUGUCCAGGCACCUGUGGUCUCAGGACCCAAUGUCAGGUUGUCAGUCACAAUCCGAUUUGCACUUGUAUUCCGAGACACUCCGGAGAUCCGUUCACCAGAUGCGAUCCGAUACCGGACAGACCGAUUGUGCCCGUAAACCCGUGUCAGCCGUCUCCCUGCGGACCGAACGCACAGUGUCGUGUGGUGAACGAUUCGCCAUCUUGUUCGUGCGUGGCCGAUUUCGUCGGUACACCACCGAGUUGCAGGCCAGAAUGCGUCAGCAACAACGAGUGUCCGUCGAAUCUGGCCUGUAUCAAUCAAAAGUGCAGGGACCCGUGUCCAGGCGCUUGCGGUUCGAACACGGAAUGUCGGGCCGUGAGCCACACGCCAAUGUGCGUCUGUAUCGGUGGAUACACCGGAGAUCCUUUCACGCAAUGCGUUCUCCAACGACCGACGAUCGUCGAAGACGCGUCACCCUGUAGACCAUCCCCGUGCGGAGCAAACGCAUUGUGCAAAGAACAAAGUGGCGCAGGAUCGUGUACCUGUUUGCAAGACUACAUAGGAAAUCCGUACGAAGGCUGUCGACCAGAGUGUACCGUGAACACCGAUUGUGCCUCGAGCAUGGCCUGCGUUCGCCAGAAAUGUCAGGAUCCAUGUCCCGGUACUUGUGGCCCGAACGCGAUUUGCCAAGUGGUUAAUCACUUGCCCACGUGCUCCUGUACAAAUGGAUUCACCGGUGAUCCAUUUAGAUAUUGCAAUCCCGUCGUAUUAUCUGCAGACACGAUCCCGACAGAUCCCUGCAAUCCAUCCCGAUGUGGACCCAACAGUCAAUGUAACGUUGUCAACGAUCAGCCAGUUUGCGCAUGUUUACCGGAAUAUAUAGGAACUCCGCCUGGAUGUCGUCCCGAAUGUGUCAUGAGCUCCGAGUGUCCCGCUAAUAGGGCUUGCGUGAACAACAAGUGUGUCAAUCCUUGCCCUCAACCUUGCGGAGUGAACACUAACUGUAGGGUGUUGAAUCACAGCCCUGUUUGUAGCUGUAGGGAAGCGUACACGGGAGAUCCGUUCACUAGAUGUUUCCCAAUGCCAAGACCUCCACCCGGCCUGGUCACAGAGAAUCCUUGUGUCCCGUCGCCGUGCGGCCCGUACGCGGAAUGUCGCGAUAUUGGCGGCUCGCCGUCUUGUUCUUGUCUCGUGUCCUACAUCGGCAUACCUCCGAACUGUAGACCCGAGUGCACGAUCCAUUCCGAUUGCCCGAGCAGUCAGGCUUGCAUAAACGAGAAGUGUAGAGAUCCUUGUCCGGGUUCUUGCGGUGUAUCGGCUGCUUGUAACAUCGUCAGCCAUACGCCAUCUUGUGUUUGUCCUGAAGGUUUCACGGGAGAUCCGUUCACGAAUUGUUAUCCAAGACGUAAGCACUCGAUCGAGGAUGAAGUUGUACCCGCGGAUCCUUGCAACCCCUCGCCGUGCGGCUCGAACGCUUUGUGCACAGACGGAGGCAGAUGUUCUUGCCUGCCGGAGUACCAAGGAGAUCCUUAUGCCGGUUGUAGACCGGAAUGCGUUCUUAAUACCGAUUGUCCGACAUCUCGAGCCUGUAUUCGUAACAAGUGUCUGGACCCGUGUCCAGGGACUUGCGGUCAGAACGCGCAGUGCAACGUUUACAAUCACAUUCCUAUGUGUAGCUGUUCACCUGGAAUGACCGGGAAUGCUUUUGUUUCUUGUCGACCCGAGGACCCAUGCAAUCCAUCCCCCUGUGGAUCGAACAGUAUCUGUCGGGUGGUGAACGAGCAAGCGGUUUGCUCUUGCGUGCCCAGUUACAUGGGAUCGCCACCAUCCUGCAGACCGGAGUGCACAGUUAGCUCCGACUGCCCCAAGAAUCAGGCUUGCAGCAAUCAGAGAUGCAUUAAUCCUUGCGGUGGAACAUGCGGAGUCGGGGCACAAUGCCAAGUGACGAAUCAUAACCCGAUAUGUAGCUGUCCGGCUGGCUUCACCGGCGAUCCAUUCGGGAGAUGCGAGCCUAAACUGGAGGAACCCCCGAUCCCUGUAAAUCCUUGCAAUCCAUCACCGUGCGGACCGAACGCUGUUUGUCAGCUGUUCAAUGAUUCACCAUCCUGCUCGUGUAUGCCUGAAUUUAUCGGAACACCACCUAACUGCAGACCCGAAUGCAUCGGUAACAGCGAAUGCGCGAGCCAUUUAGCCUGUAUGAACAACAAAUGCGGAGAUCCAUGUCCUGGUUCCUGUGGAGCGAACGCUGAAUGCAGAGUUGUCAGUCACACUGCUAUAUGCGUGUGUUUCGCUGGUUACAUCGGUGAUCCGUUUACCCAGUGUCUCGAAAGACGACCUGAAAUACAAUCGCUUCUUACCACUCCGUGCAUGCCAUCGCCCUGCGGUUCGAACGCGAUUUGCAAGGAACAAAACGGAGUAGGUUCCUGUACCUGUUUGCCCGAUUAUAUCGGUAAUCCAUACGAAGGCUGUCGUCCAGAGUGCACGAUAAACUCUGACUGUCCACCCAGCAGCGCGUGCAUUCGUUCUAAAUGUCAAGAUCCGUGUCCCGGUACCUGUGGAAGUAACGCCGAGUGUCAGGUGGUCACACAUCUGCCGACCUGUACCUGUUUCCCCGGUUACACUGGACAACCGUAUCAGUUCUGUCAACCAAUCGUGGAAGAUGUUGUACAAAAGAGAGAUCCAUGCUUCCCCUCGCCUUGCGGACCAAACAGCGACUGUCGUGUGGUUAACGAGCAAGCGGUGUGUACCUGCCUGCCGAAUUUUACCGGUUACCCACCGGGUUGUCGACCGGAAUGCGUGGUCAGUUCUGAGUGUCCAUCAAACUUGGCGUGUAUCAAACAGAAAUGUACAAACCCGUGCCCCGGUCCGUGUGGUCUCGACGCGGAGUGUAACGUUGUCCAUCACAGUCCUAUCUGCGCCUGCAGAACACGAUACACCGGCGAUCCGUUCAGUCGUUGUUUCCCUAUGCCAGAUUACCCUCUAUCGGUGCGACCUUCGGAUCUCUGUGUUCCCUCGCCCUGCGGUCUAAACGCGGAAUGUCGUAACAUCAACGGCAUGUCCUCUUGUUCCUGUUUGUCGAACUAUAUCGGCAGCCCACCGAAUUGUCGACCAGAAUGCACAGUAAACUCCGACUGUUCACCCGGUCAAGCUUGCAUGCGAGAGAAAUGUAGAGAUCCAUGUCCAGGCUCUUGCGGCAUGUUCGCCCGUUGUAGCGUGCUGAAUCACGUGCCCACCUGUAGCUGCCUGGAGGGAUACACCGGUGAUCCGUUCACCAGUUGCUAUCCAAAGCCUCCUGACCAACAAUUAAUCUCCGACGACCUAUGCGAUCCUUCGCCGUGUGGAUCAAACGCGGAAUGCAACAACGGCGUGUGUACCUGCCUGCCUGAAUACAGAGGCGAUCCUUACGCGGGAUGUCGACCGGAAUGUGUCCUAAAUUCAGACUGUCCCCUGGAUCAGGCGUGUGUCCGUAAGAAAUGCGUGAAUCCCUGCACCGGUACCUGCGGACAGACGGCUGUUUGCAAUGUCUUCAACCACGUUCCGAUGUGCAGUUGCCCCGAGAGAACAACCGGAAAUGCUUUCGUAUUGUGCGCUCCGCUUCAAGUGACCCCGGUGACACCGUGCAAUCCGUCACCUUGCGGCCAGAACAGCGUCUGUCGUUCGGUGAACGGACAGGCGGUUUGCGCUUGCUUACAAGGAUACCUGGGAAAUCCUCCGUCCUGUAGACCAGAGUGUGCGGUCAGUUCGGACUGUCUCGGAACCGAGGCCUGUAACAACCUGAAGUGCGUGAACCCGUGUACAGGAAGCUGCGGCGUUCGUGCGCGGUGCCAGGUCGUGAACCACAAUCCUAUAUGCAGUUGUCCCUCGGGAAUGUCUGGAGAUCCUUUCGUAAAGUGUGAUCCGAUCAGUAAGAACCCUUUUAAAGAUUUGGAGUCCACCCCGGAACUCAUAAACGUGUGCAAACCAUCGCCCUGCGGUCCGAACGCUCUCUGUCAGGUAUCGAACGAUUCCCCAUCGUGCACCUGUAUGCCCGGAUUUAUCAGUUCUCCGCCGAAUUGUCGUCCCGAGUGUAUCAGCAACAGCGAGUGCGCCGAUCGGCUGGCUUGUAUAAAUCAAAAAUGCCGAGAUCCGUGUCCUGGAUCUUGCGGCACGAACGCAGAGUGUCGUGUAGUCAGCCAUACGCCUAUGUGUGUUUGUUCCAGCGGCUUCUCCGGUGACCCAUUCACCCGAUGCGUUCCAUAUGACGAUCGAUUAUCCACCCCGUGCUCGCCAUCUCCGUGUGGUUCGAACACCGUUUGCAAAGAACAAGAUGGCGUUGGUUCCUGUUCCUGUUUACCCGAUUACAACGGCAAUCCGUACGAAGGAUGUCGACCAGAGUGCACAGUUAGCUCAGAUUGUCCCUCGAACCUCGCUUGCGUUAGAAAUAAAUGUCAGGACCCGUGUCCCGGUGCCUGCGGACAGUACGCUGUCUGUCAAGUUAUCAAUCACUCGCCCACCUGCUCGUGCAACCCUGGUUACACCGGUGAUCCGUUCAGAUAUUGCCAAGUUGUCAGAGAAACUGAUCCAGCGGAUCCCUGCGUUCCCUCCCCCUGCGGGCCGAAUAGCCAAUGUCGCGUGGUUUCCGGUAAUGCUGUAUGUUCCUGCCUCCCCGAGUACACCGGAACUCCACCCUCGUGCCGUCCAGAAUGCGUCGUGAGCACAGACUGUCCCUCGAAUCGCGCCUGCGUUGGUCAGAAAUGCGUGAAUCCAUGUCCCCGCCCGUGUGGACAGAACACAAACUGUCUAGUCGUGAACCACAGUCCGAUUUGUACCUGCCGAGACGGAAAUACCGGCAACCCGUUCACCAGGUGUUUCCCUCUUUCACCACAACCAACGUUACCAGUUCUACCUCAAAACCCCUGUUUACCAUCCCCCUGCGGCCUGUACUCCGAAUGUCGUGAUAUCGGUGGAACCCCGUCUUGUUCCUGCUUAGCCAAUUACUUCGGCAGCCCACCGAACUGCAGACCAGAGUGUACAGUGAACACAGACUGUCCCAGCGACAGAGCGUGCAUCAGGCAACGAUGCACCGAUCCGUGUCCCGGCUCUUGCGGUGUGGCGGCAAGGUGCACGGUUUACAAUCACGUGCCGAUUUGCACCUGUAUAGAGGGAUUCAGCGGCGAUCCUUUCAGCAAUUGCUCUCCUGCCCCACCUGUGGUACUAGUAGCCGAUGACCCAUGCAACCCGUCGCCCUGUGGUCCCAACACCGAAUGCAAUCAAGGUGCUUGCACUUGUCUGUCGGAAUAUCAAGGCGAUCCUUAUGUCGGAUGUCGACCGGAAUGCGUUCUGAACACGGACUGUCCCCUGAACCGAGCAUGUUUGCGCAAUAAGUGCGUGGAUCCUUGUAUCGGCACCUGCGGUCAGAACGGGGUUUGUCACGUAUACAAUCAUAUUCCCAUGUGCAGUUGUCCGGUUGGAAUGUCUGGAAACGCAUUUAUAUCUUGCAAUCCGUUCAGAGAACCAGUCGUUGCCAAUCCCUGCAACCCAACACCUUGCGGACCGAACAGUCAAUGCAGACAAAUGAAUGAUCAAGCCGUGUGCACUUGCAUACCCGGUUUCGUGGGUAUACCGCCUACCUGCAGGCCGGAAUGUACAGUGAGCACGGACUGCGGUCCAACGGAAGCCUGUAUCAAUCAGAAAUGCAGCAAUCCAUGCGUUGGUUCCUGCGGAAUCAGAGCAACGUGUCAAGUGGUGAACCAUAAUCCACUUUGCGAUUGCCCGGCUGGAAUGACCGGUGAUCCUUUCGUCAGAUGCCUCGCGAAACCUUUAGACGAACCACCUCGAGAGAACCCUUGUGUACCGUCACCGUGCGGUCCGAACGCUCAGUGCCAAGUGAUCAACGACUCCCCGUCCUGCUCUUGUCUGCCAGAAUUCACUGGUUCGCCGCCGAGCUGUAGACCCGAGUGUAUAAGCAACAACGAGUGCCCGAACAACAUGUCGUGUAUCAAUCAGAAAUGCAGGGAUCCUUGUCCCGGAUCCUGCGGAACGAACGCAGUCUGUCGCGCUGUGUCCCAUACACCUAUGUGUACCUGUUCUCCUGGUUACACCGGAGAUCCUUUCACCCAGUGUGUUGUCGAACAACUCAUACCGAUGUACGUACCGAGACCCUGCGUGCCAUCUCCAUGCGGAGCAAACGCCCUCUGCACAGACAGAAACGGUGUAGGUUCGUGCUCCUGUCUGUCCGGAUACACAGGAAAUCCGUACGAGGGUUGUCGACCAGAGUGCGUCAUAAAUACAGACUGUGUCCCGAGCAAAAGUUGCGUCAGUUUCAAGUGCGUGGAUCCUUGUCCCGGUACUUGCGGCCAGAACGCGGUCUGCCAGGUGAUCAAUCACCUGGCGAGCUGCAGUUGUCUACCGCGAUUCACCGGUGAUCCGUUCAGGAUCUUUCGUUCGACAGUCACUUUACCGAGUACAAUGAAUCCCUGUAAACCGUCGCCUUGCGGACCAAACAGCGUUUGCAGAGAGAACAACGGCCAGGCGGUUUGCUCCUGUUUACCUGAUUAUCUUGGUUCUCCGCCUGGAUGCAGGCCAGAAUGCCUGGCGAGCGCUGAAUGCGCUUCGAAUCGCGUUUGUACGAAUCAGAAGUGUAUCGAUCCGUGUCCGGAUCCAUGCGGACAAAACGCUGUUUGCAGAGUUAUCAAUCAUAGUCCCAUAUGCUCUUGUCGGGAGAGUUUCACUGGAGAUGCUUUCUCGAUUUGCUUCCCAACGCCACGUCCACCAAUAGAGCAGUUCACGCCCGCUCGACAAGAUCCGUGUCUACCGUCCCCUUGCGGUCCGUACUCUCAGUGUCGAGACAUCGGAGGAAAUCCAUCCUGUUCUUGUUCACCUUCCUAUAUUGGUGUUCCACCAAAUUGUAGACCAGAGUGUACAAUCAAUUCCGAGUGCUCCAGCAGUAUGGCUUGUAUCAGGGAAAGAUGCAUGGAUCCUUGUCCAGGAUCUUGUGGUUUUGGAGCUAGAUGUACAGUUACGAAUCAUGUUCCGGUUUGUUCCUGUCCCGAGGGAUACACCGGCGAUCCGUUCAGCAGCUGCGUACCAAAGCCUAGCAUACGUGAGAGACUUUUUCCUGAAGAUACAAUUACGGACCCCUGCAAUCCAUCACCGUGCGGUCCAAACGCCCUCUGCCGCGACGGUUCUUGCUCCUGCCUUCCAGAGUACCAAGGAGAUCCGUACGCCGGUUGUCGACCAGAAUGUGUAAUGAACAACGAUUGUCCCCGCGACCGAGCAUGCCUGCGAAACAAAUGCGUGGAUCAGUGCAUAGGAACUUGCGGCCAGAACGCGCAAUGUCAGACGAUAAACCACGUGCCGAUGUGCAGUUGCCCCUUAGGAAUGUCCGGAAACGCUUUUAUUUCUUGUUCACCAGUGCAGGAAGUCGCAGCACUGAGACCGUGCUCGCCAUCGCCUUGCGGCCCGAACAGUCACUGUCAAGAGGUGAACGGAAUCGCGGUUUGUAAAUGCAUAGAAGGUUUCAUUGGAAAUCCACCGACUUGUCGACCAGAAUGCACGGUCAGCUCGGAUUGCGAGCUGACGAAAGCUUGCGUGAAUCAGAAAUGCAGAGAUCCUUGCCCAGGUUCGUGCGCUUUCCGAGCGGAGUGCUCUGUAGUGAAUCACAACCCUAUAUGCAGAUGUCCGUCGAGCAUGAGCGGUGAUCCGUUCACCAGUUGCGCCCCGAUAGUCGAAGAGCCCCAAACACCGGUCACCCCCUGUUAUCCAUCGCCCUGCGGUCCAAACGCUCAGUGUCAAGUCGUGAACCAAGUUCCCGCGUGCACGUGUCUGCCAGAAUUCUCGGGUACACCGCCGAAUUGUCGGCCCGAGUGUGUCACCAAUAGCGAGUGCUCGAUUCGUCAAGCUUGCGUCAGACAGAAGUGUACAGAUCCUUGUCCCGGAUUGUGCGGAGCUAACGCUGAUUGCAGUGUGUUCAGUCACACUCCAAUUUGCUCUUGUAGAUCAGGAUUCAUUGGCGAUCCUUUCGUCCAGUGUACUCCGGUACCAAUCGAAGACGAAAGACCAGCUCCCUGCGCUCCAUCGCCGUGCGGGACGAACGCAGUGUGCAGAGUGUCCGGAAAUGCGGGCACUUGUUCCUGUCUGCCCGACUACAUAGGGAACCCGUACGAGGGUUGCAGACCGGAGUGCGUUGUAAAUUCCGACUGUCCCGUGAAUCUCGCCUGCUCGAGAUCCAAAUGCCAGGAUCCCUGUCCCGGUGCUUGUGGUCAGAACGCUGUCUGCUACACCGUUAACCAUGUUCCUAUGUGCUCGUGUAUUCAAGGAUACUCUGGAGAUCCGUUCAGAUAUUGCAACUUGAGCCCGGUGAACCAUACACAAAUAGUCGAUCCCUGCAACCCAUCGCCCUGCGGUCCAAACAGUCAGUGCCGCGUGUCCAACAAUCAAGCAGUGUGCAGUUGUGCCUCGACAUACGUCGGCAGUCCACCAAACUGCAGACCAGAGUGUGUGGUCAGCACAGAGUGUCUUCCGAGUCGUGCCUGCGUGAGCCAGAAGUGCACGGACCCGUGUACCAACUCCUGCGGCGUGAACGCCAACUGCAGAGUCAUCAAUCAUAGUCCAAUUUGCUUCUGUAACAAUGGAUUCACCGGAGAUCCGUUUACCGCCUGCUUCCGUGCCCCUGAAAUUCUCUCAGAUCCUUCGCCACCAGCACAAAGAGAUCCAUGCCUGCCGUCACCCUGCGGCCCAAACGCUAUCUGUCAGAACGUAGGAAAAACUCCGGCUUGCACUUGCUUGCCAGAGUAUCGCGGUGGCCCACCAAAUUGCCGACCGGAAUGUACGAUUAAUUCGGAGUGUUCCAGUAACCAAGCUUGUAUCCGCGAGAAGUGUAGAGAUCCCUGCCCGGGUUCUUGCGGUUUUAAUGCACAAUGCUCGGUAUUCAAUCACAUGCCGAUUUGUUCGUGUAUCGAAGGAUACACCGGCGAUCCUUUCAGUCGUUGCGAUCAACAGAUUCCGACCAUCGUGCAAGCGGACGUAGACCCGUGCAAUCCUUCUCCGUGUGGACCGAACGCUCAGUGCGACAACGGGAUUUGUUCCUGCUUACCAGAGUUCUAUGGCGACUCGACUAUCGGUUGUCGACCGGAAUGCGUGUUGAACAACGAUUGUUCACGGGAUCGAGCCUGUGUUAGGAAUAAAUGCGAGGAUCCGUGCGUAGGCACUUGUGCCAGCAACGCACUCUGCACCGUGGUUAACCACGUGCCCAUGUGCAGUUGUCCCACGGGUCUCGAAGGAAAUGCUUUUGCCUACUGUCGUCCUGCCAUAGCCGAUGUUCCAUCCACUCCGUGUACACCGUCACCAUGCGGACCGAACAGUCAGUGCCGGCCCAAUAACGGCCAGGCGAUCUGUAGCUGUGUGCCUGCUUACCUCGGAAACCCACCGAAUUGUCGUCCCGAAUGUAUCGUGAGCACCGACUGUCCCCUGAACGAGAUCUGCACGAAUCAAAAGUGCAGGAAUCCUUGUGUCGGGACGUGUGGAUUGGAUGCUCGUUGCACGGUAGCCAAUCGUAAUCCCAUAUGCCACUGUCCCGAGGAAUUCACCGGUGAUCCUUUCGUUCGAUGCGUGCCACUUCCACCGCGACGUCCAGAACCGAUAAACGUUUGUCAGCCAUCACCUUGUGGACCUAAUGCCCAGUGCCAGAUCGCCGGAAAUUCUCCGUCUUGCACUUGUCUGUCCGGUUUCAUUGGUUCUCCGCCGAAUUGUCGACCGGAAUGUGUCAGUAACAGCGAGUGUUCCAACGAUCAGGCCUGUAUCAAUCAAAAGUGCCGCGAUCCUUGUGUCGGUUCUUGCGGCGUCAAUGCACAAUGUCGUGCUGUCAGUCACACACCCAUGUGCUACUGCGAGUCAGACUUCACCGGUGAUCCAUUUAUACAGUGCUCGAUCAGACCUAUCGAAGACGAACGAGUGAAUCCGUGUCUACCCUCGCCCUGCGGACCCAACGCACAAUGCACCGAGAGGAACGAUGUCGGCGCGUGCACCUGUCUUUCUGGUUACACGGGAAAUCCUUACGAAGGCUGUAGACCGGAAUGCGUGGUGGACUCCGAUUGUUCACCUACCCGUGCUUGCAUCAAUACAAAGUGCGUUGAUCCCUGUCCAGGUGUUUGCGGUACCAACGCGGAAUGCAAUGUUAUCAAUCAUCGAGCAUCGUGCUCUUGCUAUCUCAGCUACACAGGGGAUCCCUAUCGAUAUUGCGCUGUUCAGCCGGCUGUUUCCGAUGUGAGCCCAACCGAUCCAUGCGCCACACCCCAAUGCGGUCCAAACAGUCAGUGUAGAGUGCUCAAUGAAGUGGCGGUUUGCUCCUGUCUGCCAACUUACAUCGGUACACCACCGGCGUGUAGACCCGAGUGUGUCACCAGCUCGGAAUGUCCCUUCGACAGGGCAUGCGUGAAACAAAAAUGCGCGAACCCGUGUCCAGCCUCUUGCGGACAGAACACAGAUUGUCGGGUGAUCAACCACGCACCCCUCUGUAGUUGUAUGAGAGGAUACACCGGUGAUCCGUUCACCGUUUGUUUCCCAAUGCCACUAACGGUGCCGGUCGAGAACGAUCGAAUCCCCAAAGAUCCUUGUAUUCCGUCCCCGUGCGGCGCUCAUUCCGAGUGUCGAAACAUCGACGGUGUUCCAUCCUGUUCUUGUCUCGCCACGUAUACCGGAAGUCCACCGAAUUGUCGACCAGAGUGCACGAUAAACUCGGACUGUCCUCCGAGCCAAGCCUGUAUGCAACAACGAUGCAAAGAUCCGUGUCCUGGUUCUUGCGGUUUUCGAGCCGAGUGUAACGUGAUCAACCACGUGCCGAUAUGUUCCUGUCAGCCUGGUUACACCGGGGAUCCUUUCAGUAGCUGCGCCCUUGAAUAUCGUCCAAAUGAAACGGAUCCGUGCGCAUCCUGCGGACCGAACACCCAAUGCAACAACGGAAUAUGCACUUGUUCGCCGAACUAUUUCGGUGAUCCUUACAUCGGUUGCAGACCCGAGUGUGUAUUGAGCAACGAAUGUCCAAGCACAAGGGCGUGUCUUCGAAACAAGUGCGUGGAUCCUUGUAGAAAUGUUUGCGGACAGAACGCAUUGUGCAACGUUUUCAAUCAUGUCCCGAUGUGCAGCUGCCCCACGGGAAUGUCUGGAAACGCGUUUGUACUUUGUUCCCCUGCCCCAGUGACCACUGACGUCAGUGACCCUUGCAACCCAUCACCGUGCGGUCCCAAUAGUCUGUGCAGACAGAACAACCGGCAAGCAGUGUGUACUUGUGUGAGCGGAUAUAUCGGAGGUCCUCCAACCUGUAGACCAGAGUGUGUAGUCAGUACAGACUGUCCACCGAACGAGGCUUGCACCAAUCAGAGAUGUCUAGAUCCUUGUGUAGGAACCUGCGGAUUGAACGCGGAUUGUAAUGUCAUUAAUCACAAUCCAGUGUGCGUUUGUCGCGAGCGAAUGAUCGGCAAUCCAUUUGUCAGAUGUUAUCCGAUGCCUACAAGACCGGUGGCCACGGUGAAUCCCUGCCAGCCGUCCCCUUGCGGUCCAAACGCCGACUGUCAAGUGGUGAACGAUCUACCGUCCUGCUCCUGUCUGAGGGAAUACAUUGGAUCGCCCCCGAACUGUCGACCCGAAUGCAUCAGCAACAGCGAGUGUCCCAAUCGAUUCGCCUGUAUCAAUCAGAAGUGCCAAGAUCCGUGCGUAAAUUCUUGCGGAUCGAACGCAAUCUGCAACGUUGUCGGUCACACCCCGAUGUGUGCCUGCACGAACGGCUACACUGGGGAUCCGUUUACGCAAUGUCUGCCUCAACAAUUUACCAGACCAGAUCCAUGCAACCCAUCGCCUUGUGGAUCGAACGCAAUUUGCCGGGUGCAACAAGAUGCAGCAUCUUGUACCUGUCAGAACGACUACAUAGGCAAUCCGUACGAAGGAUGCAGGCCUGAGUGCACGCUCAGUUCGGACUGUCCGUCCAAUCAUGCCUGCAUCCGAUCCAAGUGCCGAGAUCCUUGUCCCGGUACUUGUGGACAGAAUGCACAAUGUUAUGUCGUCAAUCACGCAGCUAUUUGCAGCUGUUUCGAACGGUAUACAGGAGAUCCUUUCGUAUACUGUAAUCCUGUGAGGGAACAACUGCCUGAUUCGAAUCUCGCGAACCCCUGCGAACCAUCACCCUGCGGACCGUACAGUCGAUGUAGAGAAACGAAUGGUCAAGCUAUAUGCUCCUGCCUGCCAACAUACUCAGGAACACCUCCCAAUUGCAGACCAGAAUGUACAGUGAACUCUGACUGUUCAUUGAACCUUGCAUGCAGGAACAAUAAAUGUGUCGACCCGUGUCCCGGUUCGUGUGGCCAACAGAGUACUUGCAGAGUGGUGAAUCACAGUCCUGUCUGCUCUUGCAGGCCAGAUUUCACCGGUGAUCCUUUCACUCGAUGCUUCUUUAAUCCACUCACACCCGUUAUGGACACUCCAGUUGAUCCCUGUAUCAACUCUCCUUGCGGUCCGAACUCUCAAUGUCGAACUAUCAAUGGAUCGCCCUCGUGCACGUGUCUGAUCAAUUACACCGGUGCCCCGCCAAACUGUCGUCCAGAGUGCGUGAUCAACACCGAUUGCCCCCGCGAUCGAGCGUGCAUUCGCGAGAAGUGCCAGGAUCCUUGUUCAGGAUCCUGUGGGCUGAAUAGCGUCUGCGCUGUUCACAAUCACGUUCCCGUUUGCACUUGCUCGGAGGGCUAUACUGGCGAUCCAUUCAGCAGCUGUCAACCUAAACCAAUUAGAGACGAACCUGUGACAGCCCCGUGCACUGACUCCCCAUGCGGACCAAACACGGAGUGCACCAACAACGAAUGUACUUGUUUACCGGAAUACUUUGGAAAUCCUUAUAUCGGUUGUCGACCAGAAUGUGUACUGAACGCCGAUUGUUGGAACGACAAAGCUUGUAUACGAAACAAGUGCGUUGAUCCUUGUCCCGGCGCCUGCGGUCAAAAUGCUUUGUGUACCGUGAUCAAUCACAUACCGAUGUGCAGUUGUUCUCCUGGUACCGGUGGAAACGCGUUGAUCUUGUGUUCACCUAUGCAAGGUACACAUAUACCCUCGACGACCAGACCGUGCAGACCGUCCCCUUGCGGUCCGAACAGUAUCUGCAGGGAAGUAAACGAUCAAGCUGUGUGCACCUGUGCACCAGACUAUCUAGGCACGCCGCCCCUAUGCAGGCCAGAAUGCGUGGUCAGUUCGGACUGUCGAAAGAACGAGGCUUGCGUGAUCCAGAACUGCAGGGAUCCUUGCGUGGGAACCUGUGGCAUCGCGGCACGAUGCUCAGUGGUCAAUCACAACCCUAUAUGCUUCUGUCCGGAACGAUACACCGGCGAUCCGUUCAGCAGAUGCGAAAUGAUCAAAGAAGUAAUUGUUCCCACCAAUUCGUGUCAACCGUCACCCUGCGGACCGUACUCCGAAUGCCAAGUGGUCAAUAAUUCCCCGGCUUGUACAUGCCAGCCUGAAUACAACGGAGUCCCGCCCAACUGUAAACCCGAGUGCAUAGCCAACUCCGAGUGCCCCAGCCACCAGACAUGCGUGCAACAAAAGUGCAAAGAUCCCUGUCCCGGUCUCUGCGGGGAGAAUUCCGAGUGUCACGUGGUCUAUCACGUGGCCCACUGUGUUUGCGGGAACGGUCUCACCGGUGACCCGUACACACGUUGCUCGCCGAUAACGCGUGACCCGGAACCGUCACCCUGCGCGGAAGCGAUUUGUGGCACGAACGCGUUGUGCCGAGAACGAGACGGUGUCGGCGUAUGUUAUUGCCCUCCUGAAUACAUCGGGAACCCCUACGUAGGCUGUAGACCCGAGUGCAUCAUUGAUCCCGAUUGCGUCUCGAACCGAAUGUGCGUACGAAACAAAUGUCGGGAUCCCUGUCCCGGGACCUGCGGUCAGAACGCGGAAUGCACCGUGGUUAACCACCAGCCGUUCUGCGCCUGCCGGCCAGGAUUCACCGGUGACCCGUUUGUCGUGUGUUCCCUGGAUAUGGUCCCGGCUAAAGUGAACCUCUGUACUCCAUCGCCGUGCGGACCGAACAGCCAAUGCAAAGAAGUAACCGGUCAGGCCGUGUGCUCCUGCCUACCGACGUAUGUCGGUACCCCGCCCGGCUGUAGGCCCGAAUGUGUCGCCAGCUCGGAGUGUCCCACUCAGCUCGCGUGCAAGGAUCACAAAUGCGUGAACCCGUGUCCAAGUCCUUGCGGAUCGAACACCAAAUGCAUUGUGGUGAAUCACAGUCCUAUAUGUAGUUGCAUGCCCGGAUACAGCGGAGAUCCGUUUACGACUUGUGCACCAAUUCCACACCCCUGCGUGCCAUCACCGUGCGGUAAUUUCGCUGAAUGUCGAAAUGUCCGCGGCUCUGCCGCCUGCACCUGCUCAGAGAACUACAUUGGCCAGCCACCGAACUGCAGGCCCGAGUGCACGAUCAAUUCCGAGUGUCAGAGCGAUACCGCCUGUAUCAACAUGAAGUGCCGAGACCCGUGCCCGGGUUCUUGUGGUUCCGGCGCAGUCUGUGCGGUCGUGAACCACAUUCCCGUGUGCAACUGUCCCGAGGGUUUCACCGGAAAUCCAUUCACGUUCUGUCAGUUGCUGCUGUCCACACCUCAACCAAGACCGGAAAAAGACGAAUGUAGCCCAUCACCCUGCGGCCCCAAUGCGGAAUGCUCGACCGGCGUGUGCACGUGUGCGCCAGAAUUCCAAGGAAAUCCUUAUCUAGGAUGCAGACCCGAGUGUGUCUUGAACACAGACUGUCCCAGAGACAGAGCUUGCCUGCGUAACAAAUGUAUGGAUCCCUGCCGUGCUACAUGCGGCUUCGGUGCCGUUUGCAUGGUUAUCAAUCACGUCCCGAUGUGCAGCUGCCCUGGAAACAUGACUGGGAACGCGUUCAGUCAGUGUACUCCUCUGCGAGAUACGACAACCACUAACCCGUGUAGCCCGACACCCUGCGGACCGAAUAGCGAGUGUCGCGUUGUCAACGGACAGGGAGUCUGUUCGUGCGUGAGAGGGUAUUUAGGCAGCCCGCCGACCUGUAGGCCCGAGUGUAUAGUCAGCACAGAUUGCCCACAGAACGAAGCCUGUAGCAACCAACGAUGCAUAAACCCCUGUCUCGGGACAUGCGGUAUCGGAGCCAAGUGCAACGUGGUCAACCAUAAUCCUAUAUGCAAUUGUCCGUCCCGUUACACCGGGGAUCCUUUCGUUCAGUGUAUACCAUUCAACCCCUGUCGGCCAUCCCCCUGUGGUCCGAACUCUCAGUGUCAGGUGAUCAAUGACUCGCCUUCCUGUUCGUGUAGCCCAGAAUUCUCAGGAAGCCCGCCCAAUUGCAGACCGGAGUGUGUCAGUAACAGCGAAUGUCCAAGCCAGUUGGCGUGCAUUCGACAAAAGUGUCAGGAUCCUUGUGUUGGAUCCUGUGGCGCCAGCGCCGAUUGCCAUGUCGUCAGCCAUACGCCCGUGUGCAGCUGUUUGAACGGAUUCACCGGGGAUCCGUUCACCCAGUGUGUCCUUGGAGAACCUGUGACCAGUCCUGGGACUUUAGACCCCUGCAAUCCAUCCCCGUGCGGUCCCAAUGCUGUGUGCAAGGAAUUAAACGGCGCGGGCUCGUGCUCCUGUAUCUCGAAUUACAUCGGCAAUCCUUACGAGGGAUGUCGACCCGAGUGUUACCUGAGUACCGACUGUCCCGCGAAUCAGGCGUGCAUGAACAAUAAAUGUAGAGACCCUUGCCCAGGAAUUUGCGGCCGGAACGCCGAGUGUCACGUUAUCAGUCAUCUACCUGUCUGCGAAUGUUACCCCAGACACACUGGCAAUGCUUUCGUUUUCUGUGCACCGAUUCAGCCAGUCGACCAGGCGAUCAGUAGACCCUGCAGUCCCUCGCCCUGCGGACCGAACAGUCAGUGUAAAGUCAUCAACGGACAAUCGGUGUGCUCGUGUUUGCCUGACUUCAUGGGCAGUCCGCCUGGAUGUAGGCCAGAGUGUACCAUCAGCGCCGAGUGUCCCACGAAUUUGGCCUGUAUCGAUAAAAAGUGUAGCGAUCCAUGUCCCGGCUCCUGUGGUUCGAACACCAGAUGCGAAACGAUCAACCGUAACGCUAUAUGCGCCUGUCAGCCGGGAUUCACCGGUGAUCCUCUUGUCGCUUGUUUCGAUGUGCCAAUUGGAAAACCUGCGCCUGUUCCAACGUACGUGAACCCCUGUGCACCCUCGCCGUGUGGACCUUACUCGGAAUGCGGAGACAUAAACGGUCAGGCGUCCUGUGCCUGUCUGGCGGACUAUACGGGAACACCGCCGAAUUGUAGACCGGAAUGUAUUCGAAAUUCCGAGUGUCCUGGUAAUCAAGCCUGCAUUCAAAGGAAGUGUCGAUACCCCUGCGAUGGUGUCUGCGGCGUUGGAGCGGAAUGUUCGGUGAUAAAUCAUACACCGAUUUGUACCUGUCCCGAAGGGUACACCGGUGACUCGUUCACCAGGUGUUCGCCUGCUAUAGUGGACAUGGAUCGACCUGUGGAUUCAUGUGCCAAUUGCGGUACGAACACCCAGUGUCUCAAUGAAGUCUGCACUUGCCUGCCGGAAUACCAAGGAAAUCCAUUCUUGGGUUGUCGCCCAGAAUGCGUUUUGAACUCGGAUUGUCCGAGAGAUAAAGCUUGCACCAGGAACAAGUGUAACGAUCCUUGUGCUGGAACCUGCGGACAAAAUGCCCUGUGUUCGGUCGUGAAUCAUGUUCCAGUUUGCACUUGCCCACCAGGAACAACGGGAAAUGCAUUCGUUGUUUGCUCCACGGUACAAGUACAAACACCCCAAGAUCCAUGCAACCCCACACCCUGUGGACCGAACAGUCAAUGUAGGAAGAUAAACGACCAAGCAGUUUGCUCCUGCAUCCCUGGCUACCUAGAUACACCACCGAACUGUAGAUCAGAAUGUAUCCUCAGCUCUGAUUGUCCAUCCAACAUGGCCUGCAACAAUCAGAAAUGUAUAGAUCCGUGUCCCGGCACUUGCGGCAUUAGAGCAGAAUGUAUCGUUGUGAACCACAACCCAAUUUGUAGCUGCCCUCCGGAUCUGACUGGUAAUCCGUUCACAGUCUGUAUCAGGAAACGGGAGGACCCACAAGUGAUAAAUCCAUGUGUCCCAACACCCUGCGGCCCGAACAGUCGAUGCCAAGUCGUAAACAACUCGCCAUCUUGCUCGUGUUUGCCUGAGUACCUUGGAUCCCCACCUAACUGCAAGCCAGAAUGCAUAAGCAACAGCGAGUGUUCGACCCAUUUGGCUUGUAUCAAUCAGAAGUGUCGCGAUCCCUGUCCCGGUUCCUGCGGCGCAAACACCGAGUGCCGUGUGAUCAGUCACACGCCGAUGUGCGUCUGUGCAUACGGUUACAUGGGAGAUCCAUUUGUACAGUGUGUCCCGAGACCAGUCAUCGAGGACACAGGCAAGAAACCCACACCGUGUGUACCGAGUCCAUGCGGAUCAAACGCGAUUUGUAACGAGCAGAAUGGCGCUGCGUCCUGCAAGUGCCUCCCCGAUUAUGUCGGCAAUCCGUACGAGGGUUGUCGACCGGAAUGCAUCAUCAACUCCGACUGUACAGCGGACCGAGCGUGCAUUAAAUCCAAAUGUCAGAAUCCAUGUCCAGGUUUCUGCGGUUACAACGCUGUCUGCCAAGUGGUCAAUCAUGCCCCACUCUGCGCUUGUCAAGUAGGGUACACUGGCGACCCGUUCGGUCAGUGCAAUGUCAUCCUGGAGCAACCGAAACCGGCAGACCCCUGUAGUCCGUCACCCUGCGGUUUGAACAGCCAGUGUCGCGUGUCGAACGGUCAAGCGAUUUGCUCCUGUACCCCGACGUUCCUCGGAACACCACCGAUGUGUCGGCCGGAAUGUACGGUCAGCUCGGAUUGCGCAACGAAUCGGGCUUGCAAGAACCGGAAAUGCGUGGAUCCUUGUCCCGGGAUAUGCGGUAUCAAUGCCAGAUGCGAGGCGAUCAAUCAUAGCCCGAUUUGUAGUUGCAAUCCUGGCCUGACCGGCGAUCCUUUCGUGAGAUGCUUCAAGAUCCCAAUGGUCACCGAAUCCGUAAAUCCAUGCGUCCCGUCACCCUGCGGCCCGUUCUCCGUUUGUCGUAUACUCGACAACAGGCAACUGCCGAGCUGCACCUGCAUGGAGAAUUACAUAGGAACCCCGCCGAAUUGUCGACCGGAAUGCACCAUCGAUUCCGAGUGCGGCAGCGACAGAGCCUGUUUGAGGCAGAAGUGUACCGAUCCUUGUCCAGGCUCGUGCGGUCCGGGAGCCCAAUGUCUGGUGGUGAAUCAUAUGGCUGUCUGUACUUGCCCGAAGGGAUACGCCGGUGAUCCAUUUGUCGGUUGUUUCGUGGACACUGCGCCUUCACCGCCACUGAUUCCUCAAGAUGCCUGUAACCCGUCGCCCUGCGGACCGAACGCCGUGUGUCGCGACGGUUUAUGCACAUGUAUGACAGAGUACCAUGGCGAUCCCUAUUACGGAUGUCGACCGGAAUGCGUGCAGAACCCGGACUGUCCCCUGGACAGAGCAUGUAAUCGCAACAAGUGCUUCGAUCCCUGUACGGGUGUCUGUGGCCAGAACGCUGAAUGCGUGGUGAUCAACCAUACGCCCAUGUGUAACUGUCCGGACGGUAUGUCGGGUAACGCGUUCACCGCGUGCUACCCGGUUAAAGACCCACAGAUAAUAGAACCCUGCAACCCAUCGCCCUGCGGUCCGAACAGCAGGUGCCAAGACUUUAGCGGACAGGCGGUGUGCUCCUGCGGCCCUGGUUACAUAGGAAAUCCACCGGCUUGUCGACCAGAGUGUCUGGUCAACACCGAUUGUCCAUUGAACGAAGCUUGCGUGAACUUGAAGUGCAGCGAUCCGUGUCCUGGAUCAUGCGGCGUGUCCGCCCGUUGUCAAGUUAUCAAUCACAAUCCUAUCUGCAGCUGUCCGCCGAUUUUCACCGGCGAUCCGUUUGUCCGUUGUGUACCUAGACCGGAAGAUGUUGUACCACCAACGAACCCGUGUCAGUCGUCACCCUGCGGUCCGAACGCAGUCUGCCAAGUGAUCAGCAAUCAGCCUUCUUGUUCCUGCAGACCGGAGUUUAUCGGUACACCUCCGAAUUGUAGGCCGGAAUGCGUCAGUAACAGCGAAUGCGGUAACAAUUUGGCGUGCAUCAAUCGGAAAUGCAGAGAUCCUUGUCCAGGCUCUUGUGGGUCGAAUGCAGAGUGCCACGUUGUGAAUCACGUUCCAGCGUGCACUUGCAUGAGAGACUACACGGGCGAUCCUUUCGUUCAGUGUAUCGCCAAGCUACCGGCACCAGUGACUCCGACACGACCCUGUCAACCGUCUCCGUGCGGAGCGAACGCCAUUUGUCGCGAACAAAACAGCGUUGGUUCUUGCUACUGUUUGACCGAAUACAUCGGCAACCCUUACGAAGGAUGUCGUCCGGAAUGUACAAUCGCAUCGGACUGUCCCUCCCAUUUGUCUUGUAUCGGUCUCAAGUGUCAGAAUCCAUGUCCCGGUUCCUGUGGUGCGAACACCAACUGUCAGGUGGUUAACAACUUGCCUGUGUGCACUUGCCUGCCCCAGUACACCGGUGAUCCGUACGUGAAUUGCUUGUACAAAGUGACCUACAGUAAGUAGCCAACAAUCGAGACCAAUAAACCUGACGUAUGCAGACCAUCCCCAUGCGGCCCGAACAGUCGUUGCCAGACGAUCAACGAUCAAGCGGUGUGCUCUUGCCUGCCCCAAUACGUCGGAACCCCGCCGAAUUGCAAACCCGAAUGCGUUGUCAAUUCGGAGUGUAACACGAAUCUGGCGUGCGUUAAUCAGAAGUGCAGAGACCCUUGUCUCGGCACCUGUGGUCGUAACGCUCAGUGUAAAGUUAUCCAUCAUAGUCCUAUCUGUAGCUGUGGAGGUGGUUUAACGGGCGAUCCAUUUGUCCAAUGUUUCCCUAUUCCGAAGCCCCAGGACCAGUAUCCAAGAGACCCAUGCAUUCCGUCCCCUUGCGGUCCGAACGCGAUCUGCAAGCCCCUGGGCGACACCCCUGUCUGCACCUGCAUGAACAACUACAUGGGAGUGCCUCCUAAUUGCCGACCAGAGUGCACCAUGAAUUCCGACUGCACGGCGAACAGAGCUUGCAUACGGGAGAAAUGUAGAGAUCCUUGUCCAGGUUCCUGCGGCAUCGGUGCCCGUUGCACGGUGAUAAAUCACACACCAGCGUGCACGUGCCCUGCCGGGUACACCGGUGAUCCUUUCACCGGUUGUUCAUCCGUGCCUCCACCCGAUAUGACCGAAGCCCCGAAAGACCUGUGCAACCCAUCGCCUUGCGGACCCAACGCCCAGUGCAACGACGGUACAUGCACGUGUAUACCCGGUUACUUGGGCGAUCCCUACACCAUUUGCCGUCCCGAGUGUGUCAUUAACACGGAUUGUCUCCGUAACGAAGCUUGUAUUCUGCACAAAUGCAGAGAUCCUUGUGUAGGAACGUGUGGGUUAAACGCGGAAUGCAAUGUAGUCAAUCAUUUGCCUAUGUGCAGUUGUCCUAGGAACAUGACCGGUAAUGCGUUCGUAGCUUGUAGCCCGAUGAAAGAUAUGAACAUCAUUGACCCUUGCAACCCAUCCCCAUGCGGUCCGAACAGCCAUUGUCGUUCCUCGAACGGCCAAGCUGUUUGCACUUGUGUCACCGGAUUCAAAGGAUCACCGCCUUCCUGCAGACCGGAGUGCAUUGUUAGCACCGAUUGCCCGCGUAACAGGGCGUGCAGCAAUCAGAAAUGUAUCGAUCCUUGUUUGGGCGCUUGUGGUUUAUCGGCUCAGUGUACCGUCAUCAAUCACAACCCUGUGUGCAGAUGUUUCGACCAGUUUGUAGGUGAUCCGUUUGUCCAGUGCACUCCACCUAGCAAGCUACCGGAGGUCCCGGUAAAUCCGUGCGAACCCUCGCCUUGCGGUUCAAACGCGAUAUGCCAAAUAAUCAACAACACGCCCUCGUGUUUUUGCCUCCCGGAAUUCAUUGGAAUUCCGCCGAAUUGUAAACCAGAGUGCGUGAGUAACACCGAAUGUCCGGUUCAGGAAGCUUGCAUCAAUCAGAAGUGUAGAGACCCUUGUCCAGGAUCGUGCGGCCGGAACACCGAGUGUAGAACCAUCAGUCACACCCCCAUGUGCAGUUGCACCAGCGGUUUCACCGGAGAUCCAUUUGUGCAGUGCACCCCUCAACCUAUGGAGGAUACCCCAACCAGAAUCAAUCCGUGUCAACCGUCUCCAUGCGGGGCGAACGCUAUUUGCCGUGAAUCUUAUGGUUCAGCUCUCUGCAGUUGUCUGCCCGAUUUUUAUGGUAAUCCAUACGAAAAUUGUCGACCCGAGUGUCUGAUCAAUUCCGACUGUCAGUUCAACCGAGCUUGCAUCAGAAACAAAUGCCAAGACCCGUGUCCAGGAACUUGCGGUUUCAAUGCAGAGUGUCAGGUUGUGAAUCAUAUACCGACAUGCAGCUGCAGACCCGGUUACUCUGGAAAUCCGUUCCGAGUUUGUAACACUCUAGAGGAACCUUCCAAACAAGAUAUCCCGAACCCAUGCGUACCGUCGCCCUGUGGAUUGAACAGUCGUUGUCAAGACAUUAACGGCCAAGCUAGCUGUUCUUGCUUGCCUACCUUCCAAGGAACACCACCAGGAUGUAGACCGGAAUGCGUGGUUAGCGCUGAAUGUCCCAGCAACCAGGCUUGUAUGGGUCAGAGAUGCGUGGACCCUUGUUCUGGUGUUUGCGGCGUGAACGCCAGAUGCGAGGUGUUUCAUCAUAGUCCCAUAUGCAGCUGUGACACCGAUCAGACCGGAGAUCCCUUUGUGAAAUGCUUCGAUGUCACCAUUCCGUCCACCCCUGUGACCCCGUGCGUACCAUCGCCCUGUGGACCAUUCUCUCAGUGCCAAGACAUAAGAGGCAUUCCAUCCUGUUCCUGUUUACCGAAUUACGUCGGCUCAGCCCCCAAUUGCCGUCCAGAAUGUCUGGUAAACUCGGACUGCACCAGCGACAAAUCCUGCGUUCGCGAACGAUGCAUAGAUCCUUGCCCUGGAUCCUGCGGAACGAACGCACUGUGCAGCGUCAUUAAUCACACACCCGCCUGCACUUGCUCCACGGAGUUUACAGGGGAUGCAUUUACCAGUUGUCAGCCGAGACCUACAACAUCCCCCGACCCGUGCAACCCUUCGCCCUGCGGACCGAAUACUCAGUGUCGUAACGGGAUCUGUACAUGCACGAGCGAAUAUCGUGGCAAUCCGUACGAGGGUUGUUACCCAGAGUGCGUGCAGAACUCCGAUUGUACCCGCGACAAAGCCUGUUCCAACAACAAGUGCGUAAACCCCUGCCAAGGAAUAUGCGGUCAGAAUGCGAAAUGCGUGGUCGUUAACCACAUUCCCACCUGCAGCUGCAUAGAGAAUCACGAAGGUGAUUCGUUCACCUUCUGUAAACCGAUCCAAAAACGCGUGAAACCCUGCGAGCCCACGCCCUGCGGAUCAAACAGUGUUUGCCGUGAAUUCGGCGAGCAAGCCUCCUGCACCUGCCUCCCCGGAUACUUCGGAACGCCGCCCAGUUGCAGGCCCGAGUGUCUCGUGAACACCGAUUGCGAGCAGAGCAAGGCCUGCGUGAACCAACGAUGCCAGAAUCCCUGCGAGAACUCGUGCGGUCAGGCGGCAUUGUGCGCUGUACGCAAUCACAAUCCCAUUUGCAGCUGUCCCGCCACCUAUUCCGGCGACCCGUUCGUCAGCUGCUUCCCCAUCCAAACGAACGACCUGGAACCCAGCCUGGACCCGUGCAUCCCCUCGCCGUGUGGACCGAACUCCCAGUGCACCGUAAUCAACGCUAAAUCUUCCUGCGCCUGUAUGCCCGAAUACAUAGGAUCUCCUCCGAACUGUAGGCCCGAAUGCCUCGGGAACAGCGAGUGCCCGAACGGUCAGGCAUGCGUUAAACAGAGAUGUACCGAUCCCUGUGUAGGACUGUGCGGCACCCAUGCCCUCUGCCAAGUCGCGAUGCACUACAUCCGUUGCCUCUGUCCCGAGGGAUAUACCGGGGACCCCGUCACUAUUUGUUCCCCGAUCAUGAUACCCCCUGCGCCACCGAGCCCGUCGAGACCCUGCAGCCCAUCGCCGUGCGGCGUGAACGCGUACUGUCGCGAACGUUACAACACCGCGUUUUGUGAGUGCAUUCCUGGAUAUCGAGGGAACGCUUACGAGGGUUGUCAACCGGAAUGCUUGGUGAACACCGACUGUCCGAGGUCGCAGGCCUGCAUACAGACCAAGUGUCAGGAUCCUUGUCCCGGCACCUGCGGCGUCGGAGCGAUCUGUAAAGUGUCGAAUCACAUUCCGAUUUGUUCCUGUCCUCUGCCAACUAUAGGGGACGCGUUCACCAUCUGUAGAGCUGAAGCGCCGAAAGAAAGAGAUCCCUGCUCUCCGUCCCCCUGCGGACCGAACACCCUCUGUGAGAAGAUCGGCGACACGGUAGUCUGCAAAUGCCUGCCAGGUCUCCAGGGAGUACCAUCCAGCGUUACUGGCUGCCACCCAGAAUGCGUGAUCAGUUCCGAUUGUCCAGGUGACAAAGCGUGUAUCGGCAACAGAUGCGUGAAUCCUUGCACGCAGAACGUAUGUGGAAUCAGGGCAACUUGCAAGGCGAUCAAUCAUAGCCCGCUUUGCAGCUGUCCUUCGCCGUUGAUCGGUAAUCCGUUCGUGGAAUGCAUUGAGAAAUUUGAAACUGAUCCUUGCAAUCCGUCACCUUGCACCUACAAUGGCGAGUGCAAGGUCAGAAACGGCGUCGCGGUGUGCGUUUAUCCGGAAUGCGUGAUCAACGAGGACUGUCCACGCGACAAGGCCUGUUUCGCACAGAAAUGCCGAGAUCCUUGCAUCGGUUCGUGCGGAAUCAACUCCCUCUGUCAGACGGUCAACCAUAAGCCUGUCUGCUCGUGUCCGAUCGGAUUCACUGGAAACGCGAGGAUACAGUGCAGCCUUCCGGCAGCUGAUGUGCCGGUCCCAGAAUGCACCCAGAACUCCGAGUGCCCGAACGACAAGACCUGCUACAACCAGAGGUGCGUCGAUCCCUGUACAUUGGACUCGUGCGGCUACAAUAGUCGCUGUCACGUGUUGGUGCACAGAGCUGUAUGCGUUUGUAACGAGGGCUUCACUGGCAAUCCUCAGCAGUAUUGCGGAGAAAUCGGAUGUCGCGGGGACAGUGAAUGUCCGUUGACGCAAUCCUGUAUCAACAACGAGUGCAUGGACGCCUGCUCGAUCACCCAAUGCGGUGUAAACGCUUUAUGCUCGUCCGAUGGUUACCACAGACCGCAUUGCUAUUGCCCGGAUGGAUAUCAAGGCAAUCCGUACCAGAUCUGCGACAGACCCGAAUGUACCAGCGACGACGACUGUCCUUCCAGUCUGUCGUGUCGCAACCAGAGAUGCAUCAACCCCUGCACCUGUCCACCGUCCGCGCAAUGUUCCGUCAUCGAGCAUCGUCCAAACUGUCGCUGCCCGCCCGGUUACUCGGGCAAUCCUUACACGGCUUGCUUGCUGGAACCGGUGGACCUGGUGCCUCGAUGCCAAGUGGACGGAGACUGUCCCAGCAAACUGGGCUGUUUCAAUGGAGUCUGUAAAGAUCCUUGCGUCGAAACGAAACCUUGCAUCACCGGUGCACGAUGUUCCAUCGUGGACACGCUACCGAUGAGGACAAUGGUCUGCGAAUGCUUGCCGAAUUUCGCUGGUGACGCGACGGUCGCUUGUAUUCCAGUGGACAAACAAUUGGACGCGAUCUGUAACGCUGACGCCGACUGUACGUCGAACAUGGCCUGCUUAAACCAACGAUGCAUCAAUCCGUGUACCAUCAAUCCAUGCGCGUCGAACGCGCAAUGUGUUGUCCAGAACCAUCGUCGUCAGUGUCACUGUAACAUCGGACUGUCCGGUGAUCCGUUCAUGAAUUGCUAUAGAGAUACCGAAGGAUUCCCAGACUGUACAUCGAAUUCAGAUUGCUCGCCUGACGCAGCUUGCAUCAAUCAACUGUGCCAGAACCCGUGUCUGGCGUCGCAGUGUGGAUUGAACGCGGACUGCGCCAUGGUGAACCACCACCCGACGUGUCACUGUCAACAAAACUAUGCCGGUGAUCCUCAGGUGCAAUGUUUCAAACCCGAAUGCAAAUCAGACAACGACUGUCCUUACGACAAGACCUGCCGGAACAAUAACUGCGUCAGUCCUUGCCACGAUGAUGGCAUCGCAUGCGGUCGCGGUGCAGACUGCAUUGCCAUUAACCACAGAGCGCAAUGCGUCUGUCCGCGUGGUACUCAAGGUGACGCACGAAUAGCCUGCAUUUCGGCGGUCUGCCACUAUAACGAGGACUGUGCCGAUCACGAGGCUUGCGACAGACUGAACAGAGUCUGUCGGCCAGUUUGCGAGGUCGACACUUGCGCGGACACGGCCAAAUGCAUCGGCAAGGAUCAUCAACCGAGAUGCGUCUGUCCUGCAGAAACGUCUGGAAAUCCUUACAUCGAAUGCAGCGGUGUUCCCACCGAAACAGGAUGCAGGGAAGACAACGAGUGUCCAUCUUAUUUGGCCUGCAUCAACGCAAGAUGCCAAGAUCCUUGCCUGUCCUCACAAAUGUGCGCCGGUGAUCAAGAAUGCAAAGUACUGAACACCGUACCGCUUCGUACAAUGAUCUGCAGCUGCCCACCGAACACCAUCACCGAUAUCAACGGGCAGUGCAAGAAGAUCGUAUUGGUCGACGUGCAAUGCCAUCAGGAUCAGGACUGUAACAACUCGGACAAGUGCAUCAGUGGAACAUGCAUUGAAGCUUGCCUGACCACUGAAUGCGGUCUGAACGCUCAAUGCAAGUCCGCGUCUCAUACCGGGAUCUGUCAGUGCGCUCCUGAUUUCACCGGGAACGCUUACAUCGAAUGCAUCAGAACUGCUGUCACAACGCUACCGUCACCUCGUCCAGAAUGUUACGCGAACAGCGAAUGCCCGAACGACAAACAAUGCAUGAACUCCCUUUGUGUGAAUCCGUGCAUAGCGGAGGAUCCUUGCGGAAGAAAUGCGCUCUGUCACGUGAACAAUCAAAUCGCGGUCUGUAGAUGUCCCGCGAAUUACGACGGCGAUGCUAGAAUCAAUUGUAUACCACCCGGCAUAGUAGCAGAGUGUCGUGCGAAUAGCGAUUGCGCGGGCAACGCAGCCUGCGUGAACAGCUUGUGCAUCAAUCCUUGCAACUGCGGUCCGAACGCCAAGUGCAACGUGAUCGAUCAUUAUCCAUCUUGCGUGUGUCCACCUGGUUAUUCUGGGAAUCCUCAACUCGGCUGCUUUAAGCUGGAUUGCGAAACCGACAGCGAGUGCAAUAACGCGGCGACCUGCUACAACGGUCAAUGCGUGAAUCCUUGUAUUCUGGAGAACAAGUGCGCGAUCAACGGGGAAUGCUACGGCCAGAACCAUCGCGCUGUUUGCCGUUGUGGUCCCGGUUAUCUCGGCAACCCGGAAGUGCAUUGCGAAAGGGCCGAGUGUAACGGGGACCAGGACUGUCCCCGUAAUCUGGCCUGCGACAGCGGACGUUGCAUCGAUCCUUGUGUCGCGAGUUCACCGUGCGCGCAGAAUGCGAUUUGCUACGUCCAAGAUCACGAGACCGUCUGCCGUUGUCCAGAAAACUUGCCUGUCGGGAAUCCGUACUCGUACUGCGAACAUACUACGACCACCUCGGACGAGCCAGAGUGCCGAAUCGACAUCGACUGUGCCGACAAGUUGGUUUGCAUCAAAAACAAAUGCAUCGAUCCUUGCCCGGUGAUCAGGCCGUGCUUGGAGAACGCCCGAUGCAACGUUCUCGAUACUGUUCCCGUAAGGACCAUGACCUGUACCUGCCCCGAAGGCUGGACCACUGACAUCGAUGGCGUCUGUAGGCCAAUUCAUAUAACAACCAUCGGCACCUGUACCAGUAACGACGAGUGCAGCGACAACGAGUCCUGCGUGAACAGACAGUGCAGAAAUCCGUGCAACUGCGGUACCAACGCUGUCUGCUACGUCAGGGAUCACAAACCGAUCUGCUCGUGCGAGGAAGGCUACCAAGUAAACGCCGAAUGCUAUCCGAACAAUCACCAGGCGGAUUGUCGCUGUCGCAAGGGUUACCACGGUAAUGCUUUGGAUCGUUGUCGAGUGAUCGGCUGUUACAGCAACGGAGAUUGCCCCGGCGAUCAUUCAUGCGUCAACCUGCAAUGCGUGAAUCCUUGCCUCCAUGACAAUCCUUGUUCGCCGUUGGCCGAGUGCCGGGUCUUCAAUCAUCUACCUGUAUGCCGUUGCCCGGCUCAUCACGUAGGUAAUCCGUACGUGAACUGCAAACCGGAAGACAAGCCAGAGUGCCGGGAGGACGACGAUUGUCCCGACUCGUUGGCCUGCUUCGGCAACAAAUGCCAGAAUCCUUGUUCCGUUGUCGUGCCGUGCAGCGAACCGUCCGAAUGCAGGGUGCUACCAACACACCCUGUCCGUACUAUGAUCUGCGUCUGUCCCAGCGGUUACGUGAGCAGCGGCAAUGGCACGUGUAGGGCCACGAAACCUAUAGCGGACAUCGAAUGUAACAGAGACACCGACUGCCCGUCCGAUAAGUCCUGCGUGAACGCUGUGUGCAAAGAUCCAUGCGCUUGCGGGCCUAACUCGGAGUGCACGGUCGCGGAUCAUAAGCCGAUUUGCUCUUGCACGGUCGGGUACGAUGGCAACGCCGAUGUAGCCUGUACUAAAGUGGUCGGAUGUCGCACGGAUGGCGACUGUAGCGGAUCGCACGCGUGUGUGCAACAUAGUUGCGUUCCGGUGUGCUCCCAAUCCGAGCCAACCUGCGGCAAGAACGCCGUGUGCCAUAGUAUCAAUCACAAAGCGAUCUGCGAAUGUCCGCCCGGUCUCGGUGGCAAUCCACGAGUUAUCUGCACUCUUCUCGGGUGCAGAACCAACUCGGAUUGUCCAACGAACAAGGCUUGCAUAAACAGUCGCUGCGAGAAUCCGUGCGCUGUGAAUCCUUGUCGAGGUGAUAUGGACUGCAACGUUUACAAUCACAUGGUCGAGUGUGCUUGUCCGCCUGGUUACAUCGGUGAUAUCGAGUCUGGAUGCACCAAACAGAAAUGCAAAGCGGAUAACGAAUGCCCAUCUCAAACCGCCUGUUUCAAUGGCGAGUGUAUCAAUCCUUGCGUAAAGAUUCAACCGUGCGUGGCGAACGCGGACUGCAAGGUUCUGGAUACAAGCCCUGUGAGAACCAUGAUCUGUGAGUGCAUGCCUGGGUACAGAGGAAACGCUGUUGAACGAUGCGAAAAAGUUGACGUCUGUCCAGUGGAGAAGGGUCAGAUCCGCGACGAGAAUGGUAACUGUGUUUGUCCACCUGGUACAGCAAAGGAUGAGACCGACGUGUGUAUACCCUGCCGCAAACAAGCUGGAAUGAUCAUCAACGAAGAAGGAUACUGUGUAUGCGCUCUGGAGAACGGAAUGAUCAUCGACGAGUACGGUCAUUGUGUCUGUCCAACGGAGCACGGAUACAGACUGGACAGCAAUGGAUACUGUAGAUUAGUUGAUAUAAUCGAAUGCAGGCGCGAUGAUGAUUGUGCCGAUAACAGAUACUGCGAAAAAACGAGCCAGACUUGCGAAGACCCUUGUUUGACGCAACUGUGUGGCAUGAAUGCGAUCUGUAAUGCCACUCGUCAUCAAGCGAUUUGCACGUGUAUCAGUGGCUACAGCGGAAACGCUUAUACUCAAUGCUAUAACGGAAACAGAGGUCGCACAGAUUUCCCCAGACCAGAUAUAAUUGUCAGCUGUUUAUCAGAUGGAGUUCAGGUUUUGAUACAUCUCCUCGACGAUGAAUUCGACGGUGUUCUGUACGUGAAGGGCCGCAGCAAAGAUGAACAGUGCAGAAGAGUCGUGUCCAUUUCUUCUGACACCAUGCACAAAACAGAGAUAUUCAAAGUGGCAUUUGGAAAUUGUGGACUGAUCCACGUAAAUGGACAAGCCAGCUUCGUCUUGGUUAUUCAAAAACAUCCGAAACUGAUGACGUACAAGGCUCAGGCGUAUCACAUUAAAUGCAUCUAUCAAACUGGCGAGCAAAAUGUUACUCUUGGCUUCAAUGUUUCCAUGCUAACAACUGCCGGUACUAUUGCCAACACAGGUCCACCGCCAGUCUGUCUGAUGAAGAUUGUCACUCAGAAUGGCAAUGAAAUCAACUCUGCUGAAAUCGGAGACAAUCUGAUGUUGCAAGUUGAAGUUCAGCCUUCCAGUAUUUAUGGUGGAUUCGCCCGAAAUUGCGUGGCCAAGACAAUGGAGGAUAACUUAGAGAACGAGUACAUUGUAACAGAUGAAAAUGGAUGCGCGACAGAUCCCACGAUAUUUGGCGAAUGGGAACAAAAUCCUGAAACGCAGGCAUUAAUGGCCAGCUUUAACGCAUUCAAGUUCCCGAGUAGCGACAAUAUUCGAUUCCAGUGCAAUAUUCGCGUCUGCUUUGGACGAUGUCAACCUGUCAAUUGCCGAGGAUAUAACGCGUUUGGCCGACGCCGGCGAGACGUCGAUUCUGAGCCAAAUGACACUGCUCUGAGCGUCGCGGACAACUUUGAGGGACAACUUCGAGAAGAAAUAACGAUCCAGUCGAAUUUGAUAUUCACGUUAGAGAGGAAAGAAGAAAGGUUUACAGCGGAUCCAGCUGAAAUUGCUUCAGCUCAGAGAGUGGAGGAUAUAUGUGUUUCUAUGGUCGGCUUUGUGAUAGCAUUAGUAAUCACAGCACUCCUGGCACUAGUCGCUGUAGCUAUUGCUGUAUCAUGCUGGCUAAUGGCGUACCGUCGCCAGCCAAAGACUGCUGGACCAUUGCCACAUCCACCAGAGUUCCCAAAUCCACUGUUCACUACUGAAUCUGUAGCUGAACCUUCUCCUGACUAUCACCUAUCAUAAGUUUUUUAGGAUAAUAGUUAUUUUAUAAUGUAAUUUUAUAUAAUUCUCAUUGGAAUGCACUUCUGACCACUGAAUCGGAUGGUUCGUUUUGUAUUUCUAGAAACCGACUCCUCCAGUGACUCGUCUUCCGUACUUUCCUCCCUAGGGUUUACAC